AUGGGGAGGGGGCAGAUGGCCAGGGCCCCCACUGGGAAAACUGAGAGGGGAGGCGGGGGGGGGGGGGGGGGGGAGGAGGAGGAGGAGGGCAGGCUCUUUCUUUCGGUGGGAGGUGAGAGUGUGUUCUCUUCCAUGUAAUCAAACCCCUGAGAACCCAAGCUAGGUCUGCUUGAGUCUAUACACUGUGCCUGGUGGCGGAUGUGAGACUGGUGUUGGGAGAGAGAGAGAGAGAGGAGGAGGAGGGGGGUGGGUGUGUGUGUGAACAUGCAUGUGAGCAUGUACCAGUGUGUUCGUAUACUGUUGGAAGGAACAGAUGUGCAGAUCAUCCUAAAGCUGCAGCACAUAAUCAAUUAUGUAGGAUUUACCAGUGAUAUGAUCAAGGUCUGCAGGUCUGCUUCAGAGAAGAAAGAGACUUAAAGGUCCAAUACAGCCAUUUUUAUCUCAAUAUCAAAUAAUUUCUGGGUAACAAUUAAGUACCUUAUUGUGAUUUGUUUUCAAUUAAAAUGCUAAAAAAGAAGCAAAAAUAGCUUCUUAGCAAAGAGCAAUUUCUAAAGCAAGAAUUUUGCUAGGACUGUCUGGGAGUGGUCUCAGUGGGAAGGGGAAAUUUGAAAAAUAGCUGAUAUUAGCAGAGAGGUUUGGAACUCUUAUUGGUUAUUAACUAAUUUACCGCCUGGUAAUGUCACCAAGCAGGCCAAAGCGCCAUCCCACCAAAACAGGCUGAAAUUUCAGGUGGUCUUUUCAAAGAGCUCUUACACUAAAAGUGCAUCAUCAUAAUUUUCACAAUUUCACAGUAUUAUUCCAUCCUCGUAGUGUGGAAAUCAUGUUUUUGACUGCACUGGGCCUGUAAGGACAAGACCUGGAUUAUCUAAUUGCAUGUUUGUGUGGUCUUCUGUAAUAGGACACACACUCUAAGGUAUUCAGAUUUACUUCCUGCUCUCAUUGUAGCCUACAGUAAAUUACCUUACACAUGACAUCUGCUUCUAAAUGUCUUGCAGUAUAAUGACAGCUAGACUUUUGUUUUUGUCUCUACUUCAGAGCAUUUCCAAUGUCGGAAUCGCCUGGUCAUUCCUCGAUUCUCCCUGUACUGUCAUAUUCUGGCUACUGAAAGGAAACCUGCGGUUUUUAGUGCUUCUGUACGGAUGUGAACCAGGAAAUGUUAGGAUUAUCAGAGGACUAGCCAGGCCGUUAUAGGCCGAGAGGAUAGACUCACUGUUUACAUUGCCAAAAACCUGUGCUUUUAGCCUUAAGGAGGCUGCAGUUCCAUGGCCUUCAGUGUGAUCCAGAUCCAUUUCUACAGUCCAAACGGAGCCUCUGGCUCUGGGAUCUUUGCUUUCCCAGCUGUCCAGAAUCCUGCAUGUCUGUACGUCAACUCAUGUCAACUUUGGACUAAAGCUGUUGUGUUGAUAACCUGUUCUACAUACACAAUAUAUACAAAAGUAUGUGGACACCUCUUCAAAUUAUGGAUUAUGGAUUCGGCUAUUUGAGCCACACCCGUUGCUGACAGGUGUAUAAAAUCGAACACACAACCAUGCAAUCUCCAUAGGAAACAUUGACUGUGGAAUGAAGAGCUUAGUGACUUUCAACGUGGCACCGUCAUAGGAUGCCACCUUUCCAACAAGUCAGUUUGUCAAAUUUCUGCCCUGCUAGAGCUGCCCAGGUCAACUGUAAGUGCUGUUAUUGUGAAGUGGAAACAUCUAGGAGCAACAACGGCCCUUUCCUGUUUCAGCAUGACAAUGCCCCCGUGCACAAAGCGAGGUCCAUACAGAAAUGGUUUGUCGAGAUUGGUGUGGAAUAACUUGACUGGCCUGCACAGAGCCCUGACCUCAACCCCAUUGAACACCUUUUGGGAUGAAUUGGAACGCCGACUGUGAGCCAGGCCUAAUCGCCCAACAUCAGUGCCCGACCUCACUAAUGCUCUUGCGGCUGAAUGGAAGCAAGUCCCCGCAGCAAUGUUGCAACAUCUAGUGGAAAGCCUUCCCAGAAGAGUGAAGGCUGUUAUAGCAGCAAAGGAGGGACCAACUCCAUAUAAAAUUUUUGGAAUGAGAUGUUCAACGAGCAGGUGUCCACAUACUUUUGGUCAUGUAGUGUAGUUCCAGGCACCAAUCAAUGGGUGUAGCGGGUGGCAGCAGGACCCCACAGUAACAGCAGGUGCCUGUCCAUCCAGCCCCCUGCUCCAGAGUGGGUGGGGUAAUUACAGACUGGGGGCGUCAGGUCGACGUUUGCUAAUCAUCCCCUAUAUUGUAAAAAUCGAUCACUCAAAGUAUUUUGAAACGGACCUUCCUCCUAUUAUGUUACAAUGAAAACACAGUGAGUUGGCUUGAACCAUAUGUUUAUGCUGGACCAUUUAAUCAAUUGGAUUGUUGCAGUCUCAGCUGGAGUCACUAUUACGCACACUCAGACCAUAAGAUGUUCAAAUGAGGAGAAGCCUGGCUUAAUGGACAACAUUUUUGUUACACAGAAUUUGUAUUUCUGUGUUUCUGCAUGUUGCUUCACACUUCAUCUCAGCUUUGGCAUUUAAGUGCAUGUUAAGUGCUGUUUUCAGGAUAGCGUUAAAACGUUUGUAAAGUGUUUCAGCCUGGUUUGGCCUUUUGAAGAGCUUUCACAAACUCCCCCACUGCCACCCCCUUCAUCAAUUCACAACAAUGUGACACCCACCUCCCUCACUUGUUUUUAUGUCCUUAAUGGACGUUGAUAGUUUCUCACACACACCCUGUAGCCAUUGAUCUACGCUCUAUAAACUUUUAUCAGGUCUCUGUGAGAGAGUGCGUAUUUUCUUCUGGAUGUGGCAAGAGUACAGGCCAGAGAGAUCAUGGUAUUGUCCCUUUUGAGUCCCUGAAGCCUCUGGGAGAAAAUGCACCCUGUGGUUCCUAUGAGAUAAAUGAAGUAUGACUUGUAUGCCUAUUGGGAUAAUGUUGUCUGUGGUUCCUAUGAGAUAAAUGAAGUAUGACUUGUAUGCCUAUUGGGAUAAUGUUGUCUGUGGUUCCUAUGGGAAUAAUGUAGUCUGACUGGGGGUACCCAUGUUUCCCACUCUCUCCCCUCUCAAUUAGUCCCAUUGAGGGGACGGGUCCUGGGUCCCCCCACACACACAGGCUGUUUUGAAGUGGCAGCUUUUGUUCAAACUCUCCCAAUUAGACUGCCAGGCUCGUCAGGUUGGACCGUACCGUGAUCUGACCCAGAAUUCCAAAGUCAUGGCAAUGCUCUGGGAGAGGGAUUUGGAAAAUUAGAAACACUUAAACGAAUCAAGCAAUUUAUAUACAGUUGAAGUCAGAAGUUUACAUACACCUUAGCCAAAUACAUUUAAACUCAGUUUUUCACAAUUCCUGACAUUUAAUCCUAGUAAAAAUUCCAUGUCUUAGGUCAGUUAGGAUCACCACUUUAUUUUAAGAAUGUGAAAUGUCAGAAUAAUAGUAGAGAGUGAUUUAUUUAAGCUUUAAUUUAUUUCAUCACAUUCACAGUGGGUCAGAAGUUUACAUACACUCAAUUAGUAUUUGGUAGCAUUGCCUUUUAAAUUGUUUAACUUGGGUCAAAUGUUUCGGGUAGCCUUCCACAAGCUUCCCACAAUACAGAGCUGGUGUAACUGAGUCAGGUUUGUAGGCCUCCUUGCUCGCACACGCUUUUUCAGUUCUGCCCACAAAUUUUCUAUAGGAUUGAGGUCAGGGCUUUGUGAUGGCCACUCCAAUACCUUGACUUUGUUGUCCUUAAGCCAUUUUGCCACAACUUUGGAAGUAUGCUUGGGGUCAUUGUCCAUUUGGAAGACCCAUUUGCGACCAAGCUUUAACUUCCUGACUGAUGUCUUGAGAUGUUGCUUCAAUAUAUCCACAUAAUUGUCCUUGCUCAUGAUGUCAUCUAUUUUGUGAAGUGCACCAGCCCCUACUGCAGCAAAGCACCCCCACAGCAUGAUGCUGCCACCCCUGUGCUUCAUGGUUGGGAUGGUGUUCUUCGGCUUGCAAGCCCCCCCUUUUUUCCUCCAAACAUAACGAUGGUCAUUAUGGCCAAACAGUUCUAUUUUCGUUUCAUCAGACCAGAGGACAUUUCUCCAAACCGUAGUCUGGCUUUUUUAUGGCGGUUUUGGAGCAGUGGCUUCUUCCUUGCUGAGCGGCCUUUCAGGUUAUGUGGAUAUAGAUACUUUUUUAUCUGUUUCCUCCAGCAUCUUCACAAGGUCCUUUGCUGUUGUUCUGGGAUUGAUUUGCACUUUUCGCACCAAAGUAUGUUAAUCUCUAGGAGACAGAACACGUCUCCUUCCUGAGCGGUAUGACUGCUGCGUGGUCCCAUGGUGUUUAUACUUGCGUACUAUUGUUUGUACAGAUGAACGUGGUACCUUCAGGCGUUUGGAAAUUGCUCCCAAGGAUGAACCAGACUUGUGGAGGUCUACACAUUUUUUUCUGAGGUCUUUGCUGAUUUUCUUUCGAUUUUCCCAUAAUAUAAUAUAAUAUGCCAUUUAGCAGACGCUUUUAUCCAAAGCGACUUACAGUCAUGCGUGCAUACAUUUUUGUGUAUGGGUGGUCCCGGGGAUCGAACCCACUACCUUGGCGUUACAAGCGCCGUGCUCUACCAGCUGAGCUACAGAGGACCACCCAUGAUGUCAAGCAAAGAGGCUCUGAGGUAGGCCUUGAAAUACAUCCACAGGUACACCUCCAAUUGACUCAAAUGAUGUCAAUUAGCCUAUCAGAAGCUUCUAAAGCUAUUUUCUGGAAAUUUCCAAGCUGUUUAAAGGCACAGUCAACUUAGUGUAUGUAAACAUCUGACCCACUGGAAUUGUGAUACAGUGAAUUAUAAGUGAAAUAAUCUGUCUGUAAACAAUUGUUGGAAAAAGUACUUGUGUCAUGCACAAAGUAGAUGUCCUAACCGACUUGCCAAAACUAUAGUUUGUUAACAAGAAAUUUGUGGAAUGGUUGAAACAAGUUUUAAUGACUCCAACCUAAGUGUAUGUAAACUUCCGACUUCAACUGUAGGUAUUGAAGGUGGAAGGGAAGUUCUCCUUUGGGAAGAUGUUUUGCUUGUCUACCCAAAGCUUUGUAAUAGGCCCUUAGGCCGUUCAGGAGAAGUUAAUCUCAGAAUUGCUUAAGUAUGGGAAGGAAAAGCCAGAGCAGGCCUGGUAGCCCGAACUUAGUUUGCCUUCCCCUCUCCCCUUCUUAACUUGUCCGUAGAGAUAUUCCACAGAAGGAUGGCAUCAUUCCACAGGAAAUGCCUUCUUAACACGCCGAGGGUAAUGCAGGAAGGAGAAACCUUAGGCCUGUGUUUCCAUUCUUUUUUGUUUCUCUUUAAUCCCAUUACCAGCAGCUGGCCUAGUCAGAGGCUGAGGCUGUGUUUGUGUUGGGCUGCGUUCAGUCCCCCUCCGCUGCACAGCCCUCACCGGGUCCCUCUCAUACUCCCCUCCACUGGGCCUUUGAAGUGAGCUCACUCUGUGCUGCCAAAACUCAGUCCAUUUUAGGGAUUAAGCCCAAAUUGCGUAAAGUCUGCCCUGGGAAUUCUCAACCCAGGAAUGUGAAAAAUGUUUAGACAGUAAGUGAACUUGACUGGUUGCGUUAUGGGUUAUAGUUGAGCAGUUUGAUUUCACUGAGAUUCCUUUGCAGAAGCCUUGCAGACUUUCUAUCAUUUUGGGGUUUUAUAAGAGGUUGUUAAAAAGGAACUUCCAUGUAAAAAGCACAGUUAAUGGACUGUUAAAGAGAUUCUUCUGCACAUUUGUAGCAUUUAGUAUUUUGUGAAAGACUUGGCUGUUCCGUGUUGGUGCGUUUUGAAUAUAGGCCCAUGUGAAUGUAAUUGUUUCUAUGACUGUACAGAAUGUGCCAGUGUGUAUGUGAGGUGAGAGAAGGGGACAGUCACAGCAGCAUAUGCUACUCUUGCUGCAAUCCAGUAGAAAUGUGAUUGGCACAGCAGUCUCUGUGGUCUGUCCUGGGAGCCACUGUCUCUGCUCUGCAGUCCAGACAAAUUAACAGUCUGUUCUGGUAUCUGCAACCGGAUCUCCUGCAGCACUAAGCCAUUCACCACACUGACACACACACACACACACACACACACACACGUUGCUGUAGCAACAGCACACCAUACACACACAUUGAAUGCCACACAGGUGUGAAAAUAUGAGGUACCAUUCAUAAAGAUGGCUCCCAACCACAGAACAUACCCCAUCUGCACACACUUGAUGCUCAACAUAGUGAAUUCAUAUAUGGAGAGUGGUUGAUAUGGCUGCAGUGUAGACUGGAAAGAAUGUACGAAACCAAAGCUCUUUCCUUGACUACUUGUCAAUAGAGAAAUGGAUGGGUUUUGGAUGGCCAUACUCACAGCACGUCUCUGCGUCUGUGUGUGUGCAUCCCUGUGUGUGUGUGUGUACAUCUGUCGGGAUCAGGGGGGUUGUGCAGCUGACAGGCCAUUCAGAGGGCCAGGGCUCAGGGCCAUAGCUGUGCAGCUGCCCCCUCUCUGUGCCCUCAUUGAUGGACUAGAUGGUGUUUACCCCCCCCCCCCCCCCCCAAAAAAAAAUGCUUUAUUAUGAACAAGAAGCAUUUGUGUUUGGCUCUCUUGGGGGGGGGGGGGGGGGGGGGGGUUAAAUUAUGAAAACAGCAUUGCAUUGGACCAAUUGAUCCAGCUGAGCCCUUAGUAGGUGUGACUGUAAUGUAGUAUGGAUUGUUUUUCCUUGAGUGGGCAAAGUGGCUGGGAUUGUGAUAGUUAACUCAUCCAACAGUGUGGGGUUUAAAAAGCAGCUAAGAGACAUCCCCCAACUGUAAUCGGACAAAGAGCCGUCCAUUCUUUAACUGGCCCAACAGACUUAGGAACGUAACCGCUCUUCUGUUUAUGGUGUGUUUAUCUUGGUGAUAGAUCUGAUGCACCUGUUUCUCUCUCUGUGCUAUUGGUCUGUGUACUACACAGCUGCCCGUAUGUCAUCAGGUCCAUUAUUAGAACUGGGCUUGUGUCAAGACAUGGGGAGACCGACUUCCACAGAUCCUGUUGCGUCUUUAGGGAGAUUCAUGUGGGUAGGGCUCUGUAUCACUCAAUGUAAUAGAGGCCUGCAUAAAAACCACUGCUUUUACAGUUAUUUCAUGUUAAAAGGUAUUUCUUAUAGGUGCUCUUUGUCUCAUCAAGGUAGUUACUCUCGUUCUCUCCUUCCCCAUCUCUGUGUCCAGGCCUAGAUGACAGCCUGCAGCAGUAUGUGCCUAACUUUGAGCGGGAGAAGAUCAGCGGGGAGCAGCUGCUGAAGAUCUCCCAUCAGGACCUAGAGGAGCUGGGUGUGGCCCGCAUCGGACACCAGGAGCUGGUGCUGGAGGCCGUCGACCUGCUCUGUGCUCUGGUACGUACAUGGUGCUCACAUGUCUCUCUCUCUCCUGCAGGUCAAUAGGUUGUUUCUCGUUUAAAAUAAGAUCAUGACAGAUCAUGAAAGCCCUUGUGUGAAAUUACGGAUGCUAGGACCAGGAGCUUGCUGGUUGUUCAGUGAGAAUCUCUGGAGAUGGAGCUAAGGUCAUCAGCCCUGCUGUCCCUUUCCUCGCUCUCUCGGUGCCUGUGUGUGUGUUUGAAAUAGGCCCAGAUUGUAGUUGGCAACCAAAGGAACCAGUGGUGCAGAAUCUCUAAUUUCUCACAGUACUCAGUAGGGUGUGGAACACUGCUCCAGGACAUUAGAGUAGGAAAAGCUCUAUUUCAGUCCAGGUGGAGGGAAAUCAGGCUUUUUAAUCAGGCUCUAUGGGCUCCAGGUCUGGUGUGGUGGUUAGAUUUGAGCUGAUGACUAGUAGUGGUCAGAUGGGGAAUCACAUCACUUAGACCUGUUUGACAGGACAUGAAGGGAAUGAAGAGAAGAAAUGGGUGUAUCUCUAUCCUUCUGUUUCUCUCACAAACACAAACACACACACACACACAGAGAGAGGGCGAAAUGUCAGGUCAGCUGUUACAUUCCCAGUGCACUCCUGGCCUCAGCCUUGUCUCGCACCCCAGUGGCUCAUGGGAAUGCCGAUGCGGCCUUCUAGCCUGGCGACCGGCCAUCCAUCAAAAGAGCUGCCAGUAGAAGAGUUAUGGUCAACACGACUGUCUUAAAGCUCAGAGAGAGGGAGAGAGGCGCUCCUAAAACAUUCACCAAGCUCAGACUGAAACAGAACCAGGUUUUCAAACAGAUGGGAUUGAUUUGGUUUUUUAUCGUUUCCUGUGUCAGCCCAGAUUGCGGUCUUAAGUUUUGAUCAGUGUCAGCGUUUUUUUGUGUGAAAUCCUUAUGCUCCUUUAAAAUGGCUCGCACUACAGAUUCUUCCUCUAUCAAGUUCCUAAAAAGAGCAUGUCCUUUUAGAUUUUAUCCUGCAAUGCUCUCUGAUCUUGCAUUUAUUCUGUAGAAAAGGAAGUUCAUGACUUUAAGCAGUAGACCAACAGCUCACUUUACCCAAACAGAUCUCACUUAGCUGGCACUGCUAAAUACCCACCACCUAAAUGCCAGAGGAGCCUGGUGUGGUCUAUGGUUCAACAUGAGUGGGGUUCUUGCCCUUGACAUCUGAUCCUGGUUAGUUUGCUUCUGAUGUUUAAGGUUGAGAUUCAGAUGGGGAGAGCGGCACAUUGAUUAACCCCAGCAUGGUAGCUGCCAGUCUGAGUGCCCUGAGCCCCAUGUCUAUGUCCAGCUGUGGGAUCCUGAUCCUGGGAUAAUCCGACACAAGGCCGGAGACGGACCUCUGAAGCCUGUUGUUCCUUGAUUCAUCAUCUCUAGGGAAUAUUCAUUGGGAAGUGUUGUUGGAUAGUGUCUGAGCAUCCCUCUCUGGAGCAGAGAUGGUGAUAACAGCUUGAAGAGAUAAGACCCUAGGCAGUAACUGUGAUACUGUGACCAUUGGGAACGGACACAUGGAAACGCUUUUUACAGAGGGAAAGGGUAAUGCUUAUGCUAUGAUGAAUCUGUGUCAUAUGUUAUGUAUAGUACCGUACAUCCUUCAGUCCAGACAGUGUUGGGGAUGCUACUCUGAAAAUAUAGUUUACCAAGCUACCAAUGACUUCACACUGGAAGAAGUUAAGCUACACUAAAGCUAGCCUUAAGAAAAAUAUAGCUUACUUAACUGAAGUUACUUAGAAAAAGUACUUUGUGAAUUUUUUUAUCUAAAUCUGAAAUGUCAUAGACUACAAAUUGCAAGAACAGAUCACUCUGGAGUCAGAUGUUAACAGAAUGUAAUUUAGCCUAUUAAACACAACAAGUGAGAAUUGGGCACACAAAAAGUGUUUGAAGUGAGAGUUGGGCAGGUCUGAUGCUGAAAAAGAAAGGACGUUCUUGCCUACUUCACCCAUAUUUUAUUUUUGCUAAAAAAAAAGUAGUGUGUAGUUCCAGUAGUUAGCUACACCACUACAUGGCAACACUAUCAAUAUUUGAAUAUAGUUCAACUACCAUCAAGCUACUGCCAAAUGUAAUUAAAUUACUAGUUGAACUAAAUGUAGUUCACUACUCCCCAACACUGAGUCCAGAAUCCCUUCCUCUAUGCUCAGGGUAAUUGGGCCCAGAUUUCUGCUUACCCCCAGAGCCAGCGAUUUAGUGAAGCCUCAUUGUUUUCUCUUGAUGGGCUUCAUAAAUUUAACCUGUGUUUCCCCAGCGUGUGUUAUCUUUAACAAAUCUUCUCCCAGUCCAGAGCCUUUGUUAUUUCUCGAAGUAAGUUGAGUCUGUUAGGAGAGGAUGAUUAUGUUAUGUCAUUCAGACAGAGGAUCAGAGAGGAUGUUUAGUCGUACUCGUUUCCCCCGCUAGUGAACCUGGGUUUGGAAUGCCGGGCCAUCAGUGACACGGAAACGCUCCUCGCACCCCUGAUUUGAGGAACCCUGGGUAAACAAGCUGGUCAUGCUGAUCUGCUGUGGCUCUCCUUAUUAACAGAGGCCCCGGUCUCACUGGCCACACAGGAGGAAGACAGACCCUCGUUUCAAUUAAAUUUAACUGGGGAGAGGUCACAGCUUAUGAGUGGAACAACCAGCUGACAAACACCAGACCCUCUCGCUGUUGGGUCAAACAGUCCAUCUCUUCUCUUUGUGGUCAUACAGCAGUCCUUUCACGGUAGACCAGAUAUCCCCUGUACUGGUCAUGGAGCCACAGUCCCUUCCCCUCAGCAGGAUGUUAGACUGGCUGAGUUAAUGUAGCCCUUCAGUACCACUCAGAUUACAGCUCACACCAGGCAAAAGCCAUCUGAGAAAACUGGUCUCUGGAGACAGAGGAAGAACAUGUUAAUUAUUCAAACUGGGACUCUCAAAACCAUGAUGACUUCUGCAGAAACCCAUCUUGAAACCCAACACCUCUGUUUUUCCAGGAGUAGAUAUUAAAGGUGAAGCGGCAAAGUAGUGCGGUGGAAACUGCUGUGUGGUGUUUUACUGUCCACUGUGGACCUGUCCCUUGGAGGAGCGUACCAGACUCUCUCUUCAGGAGCAGGAAACAGAUGUGGCCCCCACCUGGCUGAUUGACGGGGGUGGGGUGUGGGAACGCCCAUCUUGGGACAUGUUCCUGCUGUGUUUCUCUGGUGGUGUCAGGUGAUGCGUACCGUUGGGCCCCUGCAGUGAGGGGCAGGAAGAACCUGUUGUGAUAGCCCUCCUCAGGUCUCCUGUGAACACUUCUCCAUGUCCAUGUCAGGAUACAGGGCCUAUCUGGAGGCCCAAGCAGAUCCUUUUCACAACAGUCACUUCUCUGCUUUCUCGAUGCUAGCUAAGCAGUGCCCAUAAUAAGACGGAUUGAAAUGUAGUGAAUUUGAUUUGAAAUACACAUUAUUCACCUUGUCACUAUUCCUAUAAGUUGCUACAGCUAUGUGACGGGGAGGUAUUGAACAUCUGCGUAGCAGUCAGAGCUGGUGUUUCUGUGUGUGAUUAGCCCGCUAAUGACAAAGCCAGGAGUGCUGUUUGAUCUUAACUGGCUCUCCACAGCUUAGUGUCAAAGUCUCACUAUAUCUGUUUUGGUGCAACACAGUUGCUGUGUGUCUUUUCAUGGACCAGUGUUGGGUUUUAGAGUGUCUGAGAUAUUUAGAUGCAUCUUUUCUCAAUUUCUUCUCCAAGUAUAAAUCUGCCUAAAGUUAAUGAGGUUCCCAUAAUGACCUGAGGCUCUUCGUGUCUCGGUGGACCUCUGAAAGAGCAAUUUGGAUGUUUGAUUUACUAAGUGAGAUGAGGGAAAUUGUACGUGUUGUGAGUUUGCACAGGAUUUUCCUAGCCACCGUGCUUCUACAUCUGCAUUGCUUGCUGUUUGGGGUUUUAGACAGGGUUUCUGUAUAGCACUUUGUGACAUCUGCUGAUUUUAAAAAGGGCUUUAUAAAUCAAUUUGAUUGAUUGCUACCUCAGCCCCAUGCAGCUCGUUGGGGACAACUCUAGGAUGAGGUAAGUAAUAUAUAAUCUGUUCCUGAGUAAAUGCUCCUAAUAUAAAACGUCAGCUGAGUGGAGUUAGCUGCUGAUCACUUACAGGUUUCCUCAGUGUGGAGCUGGGCCGAGCGAGCACAGGCUAUUUUCUGCUCUUUAGCGUAUUUAGCCGUUAGCAUGCCAGUCAGGCUUAGGCCAGCGAGGCUGGCAUGGAUGCAACACCCUGUGAGCCAUCUUACUUUUAUUAUUAUUAUUUUUUUGGGGGGCGGAGGAGAAGAACUUGGCCAAACUAAAAUGUAAAAUGUAGAAGUGUUUUUAAUGCAGUGCUACACUAACCAGAGCAAGCAGCUGACUGACGUCAUGAUGAAUGUAGCUGCUGUGACGUUUGAUAAGAGCAUUACAGUCUGAACCUGACCAGAAUCUGUGUUAAGGUCAGGGACAUAUUACCAAACGGGCACACAGGGCACGUGCUCCCCAGGGCCCCCUUGAGGUCGAGUACCCUCAGAUAGCAUAUGAUGGCAAAAUGUGUAGAAUUGCAGGAAAUUAGCUUUAAAACUGCAACAUUUUCUGUCAGCCUUUUUGCAAAAUGUUUAGAAUAGCAGGGAAUUUGCUUUAAAACUGCACAAUUCUCUAAUUUUAAUGGCAAAAUGUGAACAAAAGCAUGAAAUGAGCUAUAAAACAGCAAAAACAAAAAUCUGCCACAUGGCAAAAAGUGUAGAAUUUGAAGGAAAUUGGCUUUAAAACUGCAACAUUUUCUCUUAGCCUCGUGACAAAAUGUGUAGAAUAGCAUAAAACUUCCAAUUUGGUGGCCCAAAUGCGGUAGUCAGGCCCUGGUUAAGGUUACUACAAGCUUCACUCCUUUGAUGUACCUGCCUGCAUGAGGGUGGAGUGGGAUUUUUGAUAACACAGAUGAUAACACGAUAUCCCCUCUGGUCCCACUCCCAUUCACAAGUAUCAAAGUUUGAACAUUUCUGUCUUUUCAUUUUGUGAAAGCAAAGAAGUGUCGCCUUCCCUUGCUACUGUAGUAGCUAGCUGGCAGUCUGGCUAGCUGGCUUUAGCCUGGCUAAAAACAUAGCAAGCUAGCUAGCCUUUUUAGCUUCCCACAUCUGCAUGUGAAAUAAUCAGAUUUAUAAUUUUACCAAAAUAUGCCCUGGCAAAAAUUCUUAUACUUGCCAGUGUAACCUAAAACAUUGUCCCAGUUUGAUAUCCUACUUGUGUAUUCAUUCCCAUAUCAGCUAAAAAUAGAAAGUCAUCAUGUUUUGGUCAUGGAGAAAAAAAGCACAUGGCUAGCUAGUUAUCUACAGAAUGUAUUUCAGUCCUUUCUAGUUAUUACUUCUAAACAAUAUACCUGAUGUUGGCACAAGAUGGAGGGAAAGUUGGAGCAUAACUAACAAUCCAAUGCUUAAUCCAGUAUAAACUAAUGUAUAAAAUGUAUUAUACAACAGGAAAUAUUCACAAAUUCACAGCAUAACGGCAGAGUCAUGUCUUAAGUGUAAAACUAAUAAUCCAUGCUUUCUGGGAAUGCUAUGAAGUCCGGAAGUUGUGGGCAUAGCUAGAAAGUUGGCUGUCAGAAGUAUUACAAUGAACAUGCGCAUAACAUUGGCCUCAAAUAAGGGAUUUCAUUUGGCCAAUAGGACCCAUUUAUAUCAGCUUGGUAUUUUCAGGGUCGUUAACUCUGAAAGAGAAAAUCUCUUUCUACACAGUUGAAGUGAAAACUAGGUUUGGUGUGUCUGUCAAUCAUUUGCCUAAUCACUUUCCCUGAAGCAGGUCAGGGUUGUAAGGGCAAUAGGAAUCAAAGGAAUGAACAGUAGACAGAGCAUUAUACAUUAUAUGUCUGUCUGCUGCUCAUGACCCCUGAAGCCCCUUAUUUUUGUCUGUGUGAAGGGUCUGUAAAUUAGUGGAAUGCACAAGGAGGACAUAGCCUGGAUCAGGAAUGCAAACUUUGCCUGCUUUAUGGGAAUCCGGUGUGGGAAUCUGGGGUGACGCCUCCCUCCCAAGGAUUGAGCCAGAGAUGGACAUAAAGAAUGCAGGGGAAUUUCACCCCAGAGGUGCCGAGAGAGACAUGGCCUCUUAAAUCGUGUGUUUCAUAGAGCAUUACAAUGAAUAACCCACAUUUACUCUGCAGGAAACAACAUGUUUGUCUGUGAAAUGAAAUCUAGAGCCGUAAACAUCUGGAUAAACUGUUCCGACCAAGAAUGUGGCUGCUAUGACAUUGAUUGACAUUCACUGUAACAUACUGUACACUUUCUUCUAUGACUAACACUAAAACGAUAACCUCUCAAACUCAAAUCUUCUCUCCUUUCUUCCCCUCUCAGAACUACGGAGUGGAGACAGACAACCUAAAGGGUCUGGUGGUGAGGAUGAGAGCGGCCACCAACGGCCUGCACAUGUCCACGUCAGACCGCAGGAAGAGCCCGACGUACGAUGGCAGCACAUCCCGGAAACCUCCCAACGACUUCCUAACCUCUGUAGUGGAGCUCAUCGGAGCCGCCAAGAGCCUGCUGGCCUGGCUGGACAGGUAAGACCUAACCUCCAUGGUAACUUUGCAUAGCUGCCGUAAAAUACGAGAGUCCUAGCUACAUAAAAUCUGCUAUAUACAUUCUAGCUCACGGACUGCCAUUGGGGUUAGCUGUAAUGUUAGAAUUUCCUACGCAUAGGAGUCAUUGAGCUCACUGAAUCACCUCAUGACUAGAAUAUGCUGCUACGCUACACAUUACAGGCAUUGGUUUUCCUCAGCCUUUACAGACUAUAGCAGAAACACAGCUCUUCUCUCUCAGGAGAGUUUACUAGAAAGGGUUUGAGGACAUAUGAAUAAAAUUGGAUACAAGUCUGGAGGUUUCCUUUACCUCUGUCUAGUCAUUGUCCAGAGAAUAUCCAGAUGAGAUUUCAGAGUCAAUCUAGAUAUAAUGUACUGCUCAUGUAUGAUGCAGAUUAUUUUCAUAGCAUUUGUUUUAAAGAUCACUCUCUGUCAAUGAACUUAACCAAAAGUAGUAUUUUCUGAAAGUAGUAGUAGUCAUGUUACCAUGUUGACCUUAUUUUAGUUUUUUCUGAGGUUUGUUUCCAGAUCCAAAAUGUAUAUAAUAUGAUGAUCUCCCAACAUAUUUGGGGGCCCCACUGUGGUUGAGGGGAUAGCGUUAGAGAGCUGUGUUUUUGGAGUUCAGGGGUGCGUGUUUGAGAGGAGGAAUGGAGAAGGAAGCUCCAAUAUGGCGACACACUGUGUUCCUUCCAACCACUGUCUUUGACCACAGAGCCUUCUACCCCAGACACACAGAAAGCAGAGCAAGGUUCACCAGGACUGUUCUUUCCCUAUUAACAGCAUCCUAGUGGCUCUAUGUCACUCUGUUGUUCCACUGUGAGAUUUACCCCCUUAUCCAGCUCUCCUGACAGCUACUGCAUCUCCGUGUGGUCAGGAACAUGACCUGAGGAUGUAAUGCUAAGAUGGCCUCUCAAUCUUCUCUCUGGUUGCAGGACGCCCCUGACUGGGAUCAGUGACUUCACCACCACCAAGAAUAAGAUCAUUCAGCUGUGUCUGGACCUCACCACCACAGUUCAACAGGUAUGCAUGCUCUCUCGCCCUUUCCCUCUCUCCCUUUUCCUCUCUCUCUCUCUCGCUCCAGCUCCCUUACACGGGCACUCUCAACAGUGCACGUGUAACUUGAAAAACCACCCCAUAGCUCUUUCCACUCAGGGCAGACUAGCCUGUGGGCAUACACAUGUAGGAUUAAGUAAAGGAGCAGGGGGUUAUGAGACCUGAGGAGAAGGGGGGGGCUAUGAUAUGACAUCAUCCUGAAGCCAGUAGCCUGUCUGAACACAGUACCCCCCCCCCCCCCCCCCCCCACUCCUCAGGUUAGCUAAUGAGGAGACCCCCAACCAUGGUGGUGUUUAACGUUAAUCGCAGCCUCUGCGUUUACAGUUUCAUAAAAACUUCUGGUGCUCUUUAAAAAGCAUAUGCCACCAUUCCGCAGGCUACAUUAUUCCCCUGGCCAUCUGGUUCCAGUCCCCCCACCCCCCCCCCCCCCCCCCAGCGGGAGCGCAUACUGUCUGUGUGUACAUCCUGUGGAGGAUUAGUGCACGGUGGGUUGAGGAGCUGGUACGGUGCUCUCCUUCACUGCCACAUAUUAGAUAUUUACCUCCCCUUAAAAAGUAGUGAAUUACCAAACAUUCUUCUAGAUUAAAUGUGUUUGAUUUGGCCAUGGGCGGUCAGAUUGUUAAGGCUCUAUUUAUAUCAGAUUUAUAGAAAGGGGUUAGUUAAAGACCCAACAGAGAGUAGCACAGUGCCAAGCUUCUUUUUGACAGUUUCUUUCUCCAGGGUAUCCCAACAAUUGAUAAACAGGCUUUACAUUUUAUACCCAUAGUGAAAGUGGCUGUUGAGACUGCAGGUGCCGCUUUUGAAAGGUUAUUGCAUCGAGUAAUUUCCGUUCCCUGAGUGCCGAUUGCCUCGCCGAUGUCUGGGAUUUCAGCGGCCCGGUGAUUUACUGUUUUGGGUCUCACCCUGGGUGUGGAGGAGGAGGAGAGGGGGAGCUGAGGGUAGACGUUUCCCACGGAGGCGUUUGAAGUGAAGGUUUUUGUGUGGCGUUAGCCUUGUGCUCCAGGGAUGCCUGUUGCAGCUUUGCUGUGGUGUACUGUAGCAGACCCCUUGGCCUCCAUGGCCUGUGUGAGAGGCCCAGGUGGAUAUCUCUACAGUUCACCCAGGGGCUACCUUAGCCUGUCACAGACACAUGCAGGAAGUUACCUCCAAUGCUCUCAUGGACCAGUGUAUCUCACAUAGUCUUUAGACAUGCUUGAACUCUCCCAAACGCGCUGUGGGGGAGUAUCACUGUGAUUUUUAUGGUGUGGGCGGACUUCAUGAGGUGACAUGGCCUGUUCAUGAACCUCCCCCAUGAACAGGGCUUUUAGGAUGGAUGAUUUAUGUCAUCCUGGCUGAAUGAACCCUAUGUAUACACGUACAAUAGAACACCGCAAUGAAACCACGAACAUGCAGCCAUCUCAUCUGACCCGUGAGGUGAGAGCUUGCUCUCAGUCUUCUUGCAAGGCAGUCGGGUCAAACACUAAGUGAUGAGAUAAUAUUUACAUUUUAGUCAUUUAGCAGACGCUCUUAUCCAGAGCGACUUACAGGAGCAAUUAGGGUUAAGUGCCUUGCUCAAGGGCACAUUGACAGAUUUUUCACCUAGUUGGCUCUGGGAUUAGAACCAGCGACCUUUCGGUUACUGGCACAACGCUCUUAACCACUAAGCUACCUGCCGCCCCAGGAGGAAAGGGAAGUCUGGAGGGCACGUCUGAGUCCUCACGGUGUUUUGAUAUCUUGUUCUGUAAGAUCCUGUACAUCAGUCCAGUCUGGUCAGCUGUGUAAAUGGCUCCAUGUUGGAAUGUUGUGCCAGCAGUCUUCUCUUUUUGCCACUUUAUCGCUCGGCUGGACAAUUCCUCUCUGGUUACAGAUCAAAGGCUGCAGGGCCGUCUGGGGAGUCAUCUGAUCCCAGUCUGCUGUGGGAGGACGACCAUGGCAUGAAGAGGCUGAGGACUCGCUGCUAUACCCAGAGAACGUUUCCUCAGUCUUUCCCUCUGGUCUUGGUUUUGAUCUGGCUUAUGUAUGAAGAAUGCUUCAGUUCUGUGUUCGAUGCAGAUACAAGAUAAUUUUGUGUUCCACAGAUCUUCCAAAGGAUUAUGUAAAAAAAACACAGAUCUGAAAGAUUAUGUCCAAGAAUAUUAUAUUCAUAUUAUGCAAUCAUUUUCUGCUUUGAUAUAAAACAAUCUGCAUGUGAUUCAGUUUGGCACAGUUUUUAACAAAUCAAAUCUGUGGCGUAUUAUGAUACUGUUUAGUCAAUGUUUUUGAACCCAAACCCACUAAAUCUGUCUUUUUAGCAUAUCCGUCUUGACAUGAUUUAGUCAUCCAAAUAUAGACCUAUUUAUGGCUAAAAUGUGUACUGGUUUGUGAUGGAAGUCAUGCCAAAUUCCUUCCAAAACCAUCACACAUCCUUGGCCGCGUUGGAAAGUAAUUGAGGGGGAAGCAUUGUGUUUUGGUACCAAAACUGAAACCUAUGUUGGUAUUUUAUGCUUAUUAGUUUUCCCUCCAAGUUUGUUCUGGCAAAGGAAAAUAUAGAUGUUAUACAGUGGGGGAAAAAAGUAUUUAGUCAGCCACCAAUUGUGCAAGUUCUCCCACUUAAAAAGAUGAGAGAGGCCUGUAAUUUUCAUCAUAGGUACACGUCAACUAUGACAGACAAAUUGAGAAAAAAAUCCAGAAAAUCACAUUGUAGGAUUUUUAAUGAAUUUAUUUGCAAAUUAUGGUGGAAAAUAAGUAUUUGGUCACCUACAAACAAGCAAGAUUUCUGGCUCUCACAGACCUGUAACUUCUUCUUUAAGAGGCUCCUCUGUCCUCCACUCGUUACCUGUAUUAAUGGCACCUGUUUGAACUUGUUAUCAGUAUAAAAGACACCUGUCCACAACCUCAAACAGUCACACUCCAAACUCCACUAUGGCCAAGACCAAAGAGCUGUCAAAGGACACCAGAAACAAAAUUGUAGACCUGCACCAGGCUGGGAAGACUGAAUCUGCAAUAGGUAAGCAGCUUGGUUUGAAGAAAUCAACUGUGGGAGCAAUUAUUAGGAAAUGGAAGACAUACAAGACCACUGAUAAUCUCCCUCGAUUUGGGGCUCCACACAAGAUCUCACACCGUGGGGUCAAAAUGAUCAAACAUCCCAGAACCACACGGGGGGACCUAGUGAAUGACCUGCAGAGAGCUGGGACCAAAGUAACAAAGCCUACCAUCAGUAACACACUACGCCGCCAGGGACUCAAAUCCUGCAGUGCCAGACGUGUCCCCCUGCUUAAGCCAGUACAUGUCCAGGCCGUCUGAAGUUUGCUAGAGUGCAUUUGGAUGAUCCAGAAGAGGAUUGGGAGAAUGUCAUAUGGUCAGAUGAAACCAAAAUAUAACUUUUUGGUAAAAACUCAACUCGUCGUGUCUGGAGGUCAAAGAAUGCUGAGUUGCAUCCAAAGAACACCAUACCUACUGUGAAGCAUGGGGGUGGAAACAUCAUGCUUUGGGGCUGUUUUUCUGCAAAGGGACCAGGACGACUGAUCCGUGUAAAGGAAAGAAUGAGUGGGGCCAUGUAUCGUGAGAUUUUGAGUGAAAACCUCCUUCCAUCAGCAAGGGCAUUGACGAUGAAACGUGGCUGGGUCUUUCAGCAUGACAAUGAUCCCAAACACACCGCCCGGGUAACGAAGGAGUGGCUUCGUAAGAAGCAUUUCAAGGUCCUGGAGUGGACUAGCCAGUCUCCAGAUCUCAACUCCAUAGAAAAUCUUUGGAAGGAGUUGAAAGUCCGUGUUGCCCCGCGACAGCCCCAAAACAUCACUGCUCUAGAGGAGAUCUGCAUGGAGGAAUGGGCCAAAAUACCAGCAACAGUGUGUGAAAACCUUGUGAAGACUUACAGAAAACGUUUGACCUGUGUCAUUGCCAACAAAGGGUAUAUAACAAAGUAUUGAGAAACUUUUGUUAUUGACCAAAUAAUUAUUUUCCACCAUAAUUUGCAAAGAAAUUCAUAAAAAAUCCUACAAUGUGAUUUUCUGGAUUUGGGGAAUUUUUUUUCUGGACUUUUCUCAUUUUGUCUGUCAUAGUUGACGUGUACCUAUUAUGAAAAUUACAUGCCUCUCAUCUUUUUAAGUGGGAGACCUUGCACAAUUGGUGGCUGACUAAAUACUUUUUCCCCCCACUGUAUGUGCAUCAGUAUCCCAAAAGAAAACACUCUGCUCAGUGCAGAUCAAACUCAUGGCGCUAAAGGACAAACCAGUGCUCUGCUAUAUUCAGCCUUCAUGGCUUUCACCGAUAAGCUAGCAAAUCUUGUCCAUUCAAAUACAACAAUGGGCUGACAAGCCAAGUGCAUUUGCACACAGAUACUCCUCCCCCUUGGGCCAUAGGAAUGUGCAAGGUAGGGGAAUAUGGAAAUGCUCGGUCGUCCCCCAUACGUUGUCUUCACAAAGGAUUUACAAAGAACAACAGAGCUGCCUUUAUGGACAAUCGAUGUCCACACACAAUAACUUUACUACUAGGUUACACAUCCUGGCUCCUCAAGUUCUUGUUUGUUGACAUUGAGCAGCGCAAUGGCAGUGAUGCCUCAAUACAAGUCACUGACCUAUCGGACUCUAUAAUUACCAAACUCAGCCACCUGUGAGUUUAAGGACGGCUGCCUUUUGGGACAUACCCUGCAUAGCCGGGGGGGCGGCACUCAGCAACAGUGGCCCCCUCUGACCAGCCAUAACCAGGGGUCCUUUCACCACCGGACCCCAGGCCCCCAAGUCCCCCAGCUGUCUUAGGAGGCUGUUACUUCAGCUGUGAGCCCAGGCAGGCCCAGCUGCAGUCUGGGAAAGGAAGGGAAGGGGGACCCUGGGAGAGGGCCAGGGCCGAGGGGCUUCUGUCUGUGGCUGACACAGCAGUUACUGUAGGAUGUUCCUGGCUUCUCCUGCCCCCUGGUAGUCACACAGCAGCUACUGUUUCUUUAUUGUAACUGCAGGAGACUCGCCUACAUAUCAAAUACAUGGGAACCCAGCUCUAAACAGUGUUUUUGUUUACUGAAGUCUCCAAAGAACAAUAAUUAAAAAAACUUGUGUGAUAUGGGUUGAGAGUGGGUUGUUGGUCACCUUGAAGUUAGAGGAUAUGGUCCUUACAAUGUACCACUUUGCCGCCUCGAUGUUGGAAUGUUGCUGCUGGGACUUGCUUCCAUUCAGCCACAAGAGCAUUAGUGAGGUCGGGCACUGAUGUUGGGCGAUUAGGCCUGGCUCGCAGUCAGCGUUCCAAUUCAUCCCAAAGGUGUUCAAUGGGGUUGAGGUCAGGGCUCUGUGCAGGCCAGUCAAGUUCUUCCACACCGACCUCGACAAACCAUUUCUGUAUGGACCUCGCUUUGUGCACGGGGGCAUUGUCAUGCUGAAACAGGAAAGGGCCUUCCCUAAACUGUUGCCACAAAGUUGGAAGCACAGAAUCGUCUAGAAUGUAAUUGUAUGCAGUAGCGUUAAGAUUUCCCAUCACUGGAACUAAGGGGCCUAGCCCAAACCAUGAAAAACAGCCCCAGACCAUUAUUCCUCCUCCACCAAACUCUACAGUUGGCACUGCAUUGGGGCAAGUAGCGUUCUCCUGGCAUCCGCCGAACCCAGUUUCGUCUGUCGGACUGCCAGAUGGUGAAGCGUGAUUCAUCACUCCAGAGAAAGCAUUUCCACUGCUCCAGAGUCGAAUGGCGGCGAGCUUUCACCACUCAAGCUGACGCUUGGCACUGUGCAUGGUGAUCUUAGGCUUGUGUGCGGCUGCUUGGCCAUGGAAACCAAUUUCAUGAAGCUCCCAAUUAUUUUUUACACCUGCCAGCAAUGGGUGUGGCUGAAAUAGCCGAAUCCACUAAUAUGAAGGGGUGACCACAUACUUUUGUGUAUAUAUAGUGUAUAUCUGGAUAUUUGAUCACAUCAUAUUUACCCUAGGUUUUUAUUUACUAUCUUUGCGGUGAAAUAGCCUCUUCCUGUGUGUUGCUGUGGAGCAUUGAGAAGGCAGCCCAUCUAACAUGUCUCUCCUCCUCCACAGGACUGCACUGUUUAUGAGAUGGAGGAAAAGAUCCUGGAAGUUGUAAGUAUAUCUCCCCUCUUUGUUGUUUCCACAUUCCCACUUUCUAUAGGAGCACUCUGGGAAAGUCUGUUAGAACGUUUGGGGAGACGUAGAUCUAUAAUCUUUUACAUGGAGAUAAGGUGACAUGCUUUCAGGGCAGUCUCCCUCAGCGUUAAUAGUACAGGCAGGGGCUAUGGCCCUCUGGUAAAAGAGGCGGCUAAAAUGCGCCCUGGCCAUCAAUCAGUUUCCUGUCCCUGACACUCUCCAGACUCUGAGCUGACACUGGACCUCUUCCCUCUCAGAUACCCUUGAUGAACUCUGCUGCAGACACACACAAUAGCUAGACUACUCUCUACACUGUUUAGAGUCUUCUCCAUGCCGAACUUGUUGUUCAAUGAACUGACCCGGAAAAACUCUAGUUACAGCCUGGUCCCAAUCAAUGGUGAAUAGAAGCAUUUCAGUGAUUCUGGGUCAAGUGAUCUGGUAAUAGACUUGUGUGGUCAACAGAAAAUUUGAUUAGAGCUAAAAUAAGGUUAAUUUAUUAACGUGUGACUGUCCACAUCUGUAUGUAGGCACAACUGUGUAGUUGUGAGUGUUCAGACAUUAUGCUUGUUACUUGCCUGAGAAGAAAAAAGCUCUUUCUUCUCUGAGCGUCACUAAAAUGCCCCUACUAAUGAUGACAAAGUGGUGAGAUUGUCCAUAAUGACCUAGAAUGGAGAAGAGGGGGGUGGGGGGUAGGCAGGGAGUGAGGAGAGGUGUGGAGGGGAGAGAAAGCUGUGGAACCAGCUAAUGGCACAUGAAUGACCCUCACCCCUCGCCCCCCUCCUCUCUCCCUCACCCCUCCUCUCACCCCUCUCUCCCUCACCCCUCCUCUCACCCCUCUUCCCUGGGGAGUGUGACAAUUUCCCCAGUGACUGGCUGCUGAGUACAGGGCCUCUCCUCACCAGACCGCCUGGCCGCCAGUCCGCCCCUCUAACACUGACUGAAUACAGACAGCCACAAAAAGAACACCUCUUUGGUGACAGGCGGUAGCUGCAUAAUCACAGUCAGGUGACAGGACAUUAAAUUCUGGGCUGGUCAUGUAAUCACAGCAAUCAUGAAGCACACAGUCACUGUGUGACAAUACAACUUACAUUAAAUCAAAUGAAUUAGAUGAAAUGGAUUCAUGAAAUUCCAUGAGAUUUUGUUUUCAUUCUUUGGGUUGUUUGUUUGGUUUUUCUGUGUUGCUUAAAGGGGUUUCCUCCCCGCUCUCUCAUUGCAGUCCAAGGUUCUGAACAGCAUCUGUGACCAGACCGUGAGAACAACCUCUGACCCUCUGAUGAGCCAAUCAGCAUGCUUGGAUGAAGUUCAGCUCAACAACAUCAAGCCUGGGGAGGGACUGGUGAGGAAUGCUGCAUGGGAGUUUCCAGUUUAACCCCAAACCCACUGAAUUACUAGCUACAUUUAUCUAGUGCACCUCAAAUUUCUCACAAGUUCAAACUGUCUCAGAAAUGCUAAUUCAUGUUCCUCAUGUUCAUAUUCCUACAGGGUAUGUACAUCAAAUCUACCUAUGAUGGACUUCAUGUCAUCACAGGGACCACAGAGCAUGUAAGUAUGGUGGCCACAGAAUAACAACUUAGUAGAUCUUAGUGAAAACCAUCUUAGUGAAUGCACUUUUCUCCUUUUGUUCAGUUGGUUUAAAUGUGCACCUUUUUAUGUCUUGUCUUAUCUACUUCUCACAUGUUUCAAUAUAAAUCCAGUUGGUAAAGCGACUCUUAAUGUUAUGCAUGAACAAUAGUUGCCAUGUGCCAAGGUCUGAUGGGGAGACAGUUAAGGGUUGGCUUCAAACAGAACAUCUUCUUUCCAUCCCACCCUGCCCUCCUCCUCUUCCCAUUCUUAGGGUGGUCGAGGGCAUUGCUGUUUACCACCGAGCUAGGAUAGCAGUGUAAAUGUGUUCCUUAUCAAGCAGUGGAGAGAGGGAAGGAGGUGUUUAGAGGUUAAAUAAUAUAGCUGUUCCUGUCUCCAUCAUCCAUUAAGAAUCACAAUAAACUUCAACAGUAAAGCAUCCUCCUUCAGAGGAACAUUGGCAGCAGCGCUAUUACAGCCUAAUUAUCAUGCCUCCAGUCGUUAAGGAUGAAUCAAACCUUAACUCAUCAUAUGACUCAUUCAUCCCUUUGACAUUCUCAUGCAUAAUGUGACAACGUAUUCAUAAAGAGGGCGUUUGUGUUGUUUAGUCAGAGUUAUGUAAAACGUAUAUUUCCUCAGGGGCUUAUUAAGUGGUCUGUUUCGUAACAAGCCCAUACAUGGCACUUCUGACGACAAAGCAAACAGAUGAAGCUGGACUUAUCCAGGAGCUAAUAUUACAUCAAGGUGGUGUCUCUGAGCUUGUGGGGUUUGUAUACUAAACCUGUCCUCUCCUCUUUGUGUUGUCAGUCCCCGGCGGACAUGACAAGGAAGAUCCAUGGGGGUGACGAGGUGAUCCAGGUCAACCAGCAGACAGUGGUGAGCGCCCAGCACCUGUUAUCUCUGACACCUGUCACAGAGAAAGUUUUAAGCAGCUAGAAUGUGUUCUUUGCAGUUGACCUGACUACAGUGUGACAUAAUUAUUAUUUUCCUUGUUUCUUGGUGUGCCUCUUUCUGUUGACCUCCGCUAUGAUACACUGAUCUAUCUGUGCUGUUGUGCCUUGUCUCAGGUGGGCUGGCAGCUGAAGAACCUGGUGGGGAAGCUGAGAGAGGACCCUAAAGGUGUGGUCCUUCUGCUGAAGAAGAGGCCUACAGGCACCUGCGGGUUCACACCUGCCCCUCUCAAGAACAUGCGCUGGAAACCGCCCAUGGCACAGGUGCCCACCCCAAACCCCUUAAUCUUUUACUUUUGGUGUUCUUACCAAGGCAGUGUUAUGUUAUUGUUCAUAUUACCUUUUGUUGAAUGUGCCUCAUGAGUGAGUAGGGAGAAGUGUUUGAGUGUAACAAGCCUAGACAAGUGUAGGACCCACCCUGAGAGUUGGAGGAAAAGAUCCUGGAAGCUCCAGGGCUGAGGACAAUGUAGAGCUGUUCUCCAUUCAGUGACGGCAUCUGAAGAAAACAACAGCUACUGCACUCACACACUGAUGAUGAUGUCACUCAGACUGGGUCAUCAGUAGUGGCAGCCAGCAGUCUGUGAGUCAGUCUGCAGAGACAGAAGAUAGCAUCUCCUUCAGUGAAGAAGAGGAGAGAGGGGGCAAAUAUCUGCUUUGGAAGUGGUUUGUGUAGGUGUGAGUGUAGAAUCAGAUCAACAUCCAGCAGUAGUGUGGGAAUCCCCAGUGGUAUGGCCUGUAUUGAUGUGGCUAGUCAACCAGUCUCCAUGGAAGACAAGUCUUUCAAUAGGUCGCUCAGUGAUUCAGCUCACAAAGGGCUUGGGUACACCCUCUUUUGAGAACGUUAAAACCCCAAAGGUUUGUGUUAGCGGAGAAUCAAGUCUGUGUUAAUAAAGUUAUGUAAUGGUAAUCCAAUUCACCACUCUUCUCAUAUGGGGACAAUUAGGAUCUGGCUAAGCUCUUAGCCACAGCAAUGCACCUGAGCCCUGACUGCAGUAACUGGUGCUCCAUAUUGAACAAUAGGCUGUUGUAACCGAACCUGUGCUCUGGUCCUGGCACUGCCUCGUUUGCCUCUGGAGGCUGCUUCUGCCUUGGGAAGAUCAGAUCACAUGAUAUCAGACCAGAGAUGGUUUCACUUAACAAAGAACCUUUCAUCACAAAGACACCAGAUCAUUCUGGACUUGUCCACCGCCGUGUUUGAACAAGGUGUCAGGAAUCAAAGCGCUACAUCUUGAGUUUAAUCAUAAGAGAGAGGAGUCGGUGGAUCACACACAGUGAUUCAGGAGUGACACUCUGGGUUCUACAGGUAUCCUGGUUAUAGGGGAGGAGGAGAGAGUAGACGUACCAGUAUCUACUGUGUUUGACACAGAGUGAAACUGAACAUGGUCAAUUUACCAAGUAGUGUGGUUUUAAAAUGGCACCAGAGCUGUGGUAGAAUAGUAUGGUUUCUUAAAAGUAUGUUGCUGCAGCUAUUUUGGAUUACCCUCAAAAUCGUUCCAUUCAUUAGAUGCUACUGCACUGUUGGAGCUAGGAACACAAGCAUUUCACUACACCCACAAUAACAUCUGCUAAAUAUGUGUAUGUGACCAAUAAAAUAUGAUUUGAUUUGAUUCUCUAAAUAGGGUUGUAAUGAUUUAAAGAGACAUAUGCAAAUAUAAUGUAGGAUAGGAAAGGGAAAGGGAUACCUAGUCAGUGACCUGCCAUAUGUACGGUAAUCCACCUCCUUCCUAACAAGUAGUGUUUAGAAUGACUUGGCUAGGGUAUGUAAAUACAGUAGUGGAGACUUUAGGUAAUCAACCAUUCGUUACUGGAAUGAAUGUUGGAAGUUUAAAAAUACUAAAGUAAUCGGCUAGAGUAGACUAUAGGAUGUGACAUAUGGGGAAACGCUCUUCCUUGCCAACAAGUUAUGUUUAGAUUUUAUACAGUAUGUAAAUAGUAGAUACCUUUUAAGACAUAUAUCCAUGUAAUGUAGCUAUGCUGCUGGCUGUUUCCCACCAUCAGUUAUACUAGGUCCUAUGAGGGGAGCAUUUUCUGACGGAUUGUAUUUUUUAUUUCUCAGAGCACCCCUUCCCUGAACAAAACCCAGUCUCCAGGCUGGUCCACAGACUGCUCCACCAAGAAGGAGAAACCAGCCAUCCUGGACCUGUACAUCCCCCCUCCCCCCUUAGUACCCUACACUCCACGGUGUGUACCCCUGUAAGUACACUAGACCCAGGAGGGUUACCAGGAAAAACUUUAGCCCCAAGUUAUAGGUUUAGAAUUUGCUGUGUUCUGCCCGACAGACAUCCUACACUCAUUCUCCAGCUCCAUGCUCCUGGCUUUGAAGUCUGGAUAAUGAGUGGUUCAGCCCCCUGAUCAUUCGCCCCUUGCCUCUCGCCUAUAAACCCCCACAGCAGAGCACAUUCUGUUGUACAGUCUCCAUCCUGCUCCGCUCACGCCACACAGACAUUAUGCAACAGCCUCUCUGUUUCAUCUGCCGCCUCAGACGCCCUCCCUCUCUCACUGUCUCUCUCCCUCCCUCUCUGUCCAUGUAUGGCAGUGAGCAGGCUGUUGCUGCAUUCACCAUGUUUACCAGAUAGUGAAUCAUAUAUUUGUUUAGCCAUUUAGUGGACUCUCAUAUCCACAGCAACUUUAGUUAGGGACUGAGCAACAGCAUAAAGCAAAUUUCACUCAUUUUAUCUCUGUCCUUGUGCUCUCGCCCAUAUGAAAUGGGACAUUGAUGCUAAUCAGUAUUUUCUGUCCACAGAGAGAGUAAGAUCAGCUCGUACUCUAGCAUCAGUAAAAUCAGACCAAAGGGUUCUGAGUCGCCCAAUUCCUUCCUGGACCUGGAGAGUCGAAAACGCUUCACCAUCGCAGACUAUGACAAGCUGGGCGUGGUCUACCCCAUCGAGGCCAACGUAAUUCAGCCCAGGAUGAGGGAACGCAACACCUCGUCUCGUGGUUAGUAGUAUCCUACCCCACAGUCACAAGGCCCACUCAUUAUAGAAUUCAAGUCAAUAUUCAAAACCAGAGAGACAAAAUAUUCAAACUUUUUGUUAUUUCUGCAUAGGUAAGCCCCGCCCCCUCUCCAUGCCAGUGGACACCUGUCUUGGAGUGGCAGAUCCCUAUGCCAAGCCCUGGACACAAGGCCGGAAAGGUAACAAACACACGCCAUUCACCCAUCUUCUGAGUUACUGCAGAACAACAACUUAACCACCAGAAAUCGAAUGGACCACAACCUCAAUCAGAUUAUCCAGUUCACACCUUCAACAGCUAAAUACAUGAGAACACAUGAUAGAAUUCACCCCUCCAAUGACAUUGGAGGCAUAGUACCUCUGCUUAAUUUACCAAUGAAUGAAGCAUGUGAUUAGUGUCAACUGAGAGCCAUACUGUAGCUCUUGCCAAGAUUGGAUUAACUAGAGUUUACACCAACAAGAUCAGUUCCUCAUCCCCUAGUCUCCUUUGAGAGAACAGACACAUGGCUAUGAAUGCACAGACAGAGCUAUCAUACAGUCUCUCUGCUGGAGACCCAUUUACACUGCAAUGGUAGAGGAGUGGGUGAAUUCUUUAAUUGGCUGAGAUGCCUGUGCAAUGCUCCUCCAUGGCCAACACAUGCUGUAGAGAUCCAGUGUACUCCUCUUUUUUAUGUGACAGUGCUUCUCUAUAAUACAUUUAAGGACUACUGAAGAUAUGCCCUAAAAUCAAAAAGCUAUUCUCAAUAACGUGUGUUUGUACAAAGUAUGACUUUUUUUGUAAGAGAAUUGUACUAAAGAUGUGCAUUUCCCUCCACUGUCCCCUCCAGGCGAGGAUCUCCUGUACAGAUACCUGAGCAACGAGCGGAUCCCCACAAUCGCUGAGGAGGUCCCAUCAGUGGCGCCGACCUACAGGCCAGUGGGGGAACGGCAGCUGGUCCGAGGGGUGGACCACAUCCGGGGCAGCCGCUACUAUGCCAACCAGGACCUUCACAACAGCGCCACCAUCCCCUACCAGGACCACGACCUGGACAGCAAAAAGACCCCCGUAGCCCCUGCCUCCAAACGCCCCCCGGCAGAGCCCUCGCUACUGGUCAGUUGGAUCACGCGGCUUAAGCUAUUGACUCACUGAUGAUGUGCUUCCUGUCCCGGGCUUCCUGUUCCUGUCUGUCUCCUCCUCAGUGCCUUUUGUCCUCCGUCUGUUUGCAAUGGGCUCUCCUCUCUCACACUUUCUCCCUGCCUACCUACUACUGUACUACUACACCGCCGUGAGUUAGUAGUUAACUCAUUGUGUUCUGUUGCAUCACUCCUAACCAAUCUCAAUCCCCUACCAACUACCAACCAAUCCCAUCUCAGAAGCACAAUCAGAUAAACGUAGGAAUACUCAGUGAGCUGGCUGCCACACCAGCACAUGCAUGCAAACUUGUAUUUCGAGGUAGAGGUUUUACCAAGAGGUAAUGUCUAUCUGUCUACAAAUGGACAAGAGGAAUAAUUCAGGUUUUUAGGACAUAUCGGCCUUGUACCUUCUUGGAACUAUUUUCUGUAUAUAUUUAAAGUUAUAUCACUAAGAUAGGCUACUCCCUGCUAAAUUGUAAAAUGUUCAGUUGCCAAUGGUAUGUUUUUAUUUGAGAAACAAAGAAAAAAGGCUUUUCAGGUUUUUACUGUACUUGUAUUAGAUUUUAGCUGUUUAUUUCAUGUCAUGUCCUUGUUAGUGUUCAGUUAAACUACACACUGCCAAUAGUUGCCUCUAUUAAAAGCUAUGCAUAUAGGAACUCUUUACUGUCAUUUGACAGAUUGAUGCUGCAUUGGCGAGUGACAAAAUACUGUUUCAACGUACCAGUGAUUAGCUAUGCACUCUUCUCUACAGUCCCAUGUCCUGCCUUGUUCUGGAAGCUGUAGACACUGCUCUGUGAUGACCCUGCUCAAAGGAUGCUCACAGCUGUUUGUCUACAAUUAGCCUUGUGAACAAAGAUGUGUAGGUUAAGUAUCUUUCUGGAGUCACUGGCCAGAAAGCCUUCUGUUAUCAGCACCGAUAGCCUAGUGAGAUGCUAUGGAUAGCUUAUAACAAGCGUUAAAACACGAGUUUAACUAACAGUAUUAUUAAAUACCACGAGAUAUCACAAUGUUUUUAUUUUUAUUUUUUUUAUUGUACCUUUAUACCUGCCUUUUGUAACAUUUCGAUAGUAUAUUAUUAAAGGUGCAGUUGAUUCCAGUUUUCAUUUGUUUUGUCUUUAUUUUAAUGUUUUUUUUCACUGAAGAACUAGAUUAUAAAUGGAUUGUUAUAUUGGUACUUGUCCAAAGCCUCUGAGUGUUAGUUAGAAUUGUCACUUUCAGUGUCUAUAUUCACCAUAGAGGAGCACUUCAGGGGCAUAAACCUAUUCUGGACUCUGGCCUAAUUUGCUUGACCUUUGAGAAUGAACUCUACUUCUGUUUUCAAAGCAUGUGGUGAAACUGGAUAGCCAAGCUAAAGUUACCUUCUCCCUCUCUCUCUGUGGCCAUGCUUACAGUGAGGGGGAAAAAGUAUUUGAUCCCCUGCUGAUUUUGUACGUUUGCCCACUGACAAAGAAAUGAUCAGUCUAUAAUUUUUAUGGUAGGUUUAUUUGAACAGUGAGAGACAGAAUAACAACAACAAAAUCCAGAAAAACACAUGUCAAAAAUGUUAUAAAUUGAUUUGCAUUUUAAUGAGGGAAAUAAGUAUUUGACCCCUCUGCAAAACAUGACUUAGUACUUGGUGGCAAAACCCUUGAUGGCAAUCACAGAGGUCAGACGUUUCUUGUAGUUGGCCACCAGGUUUGCACACAUCUCAGGAAGGAUUUUGUCCCACUCCUCUUUGCAGAUCUUCUCCAAGUCAUUAAAGUUUUGAGGCUGACGUUUGGCAACUCGAACCUUCAGCUCCCUCCACAGAUUUUCUAUGGGAUUAAGGUCUGGAGACUGGCUAGGCCACUCCAGGACCUUAAUGUGCUUCUUCUUGAGCCACUCCUUUGUUGCCUUGGCCGUGUGUUUUGGGUCAUUGUCAUGCUGGAAUACCCAUCCACAACCCAUUUUCAAUGCCCUGGCUGAGGGAAGGAGGUUCUCACCCAAGAUGUGAUGGUACAAGGCCCCGUCCAUCGUCUCUUUGAUCCUGUGAAGUUGUCCUGUCCCCUUAGCAGAAAAACACCCUCCAAACACGGCGAGUUGAGUUGAUGCCAAAGAGCUCCAUUUUGGUCUCAUCUGACCACAACACUUUCACCCAGUUCUCCUCUGAAUCCUUCAGAUGUUCAUUGGCAAACUUCAGACGGCCCUGUAUAUGUGCUUUCUUGAGCAGGGGGACCUUGCGGGCGCUGCAGGAUUUCAGUCCUUCACGGCGUAGUGUGUUACCAAUUGUUUUCUUGGUGACUAUGGUCCCAGCUGCCUUGAGAUCAUUGACAAGAUCCUCCCGUGUAGUUCUGGGCUGAUUCCUCACCGUUCUCAUGAUCAUUGCAACUCCACGAGGUGAGAUCUUGCAUGGAGCCCCAGGCCGAGGGAGAUUGACAGUUAUUUUGUGUUUCUUCCAUUUGCGAAUAAUCGCACCAACUGUUGUCACCUUCUCACCAAGCUGCUUGGCGAUGGUCUUGUAGCCCAUUCCAGCCUUGUGUAGUUCUACAAUCUUGUCCCUGACAUCCUUGGAGAGCUCUUUGGUCUUGGCCAUGGUGGAGAGUUUGGAAUCUGAUUGAUUGCUUCUGUGGACAGGUGUCUUUUAUACAGGUAACAAGCUGAGAUUAGGAGCACUCCCUUUAAGAGUGUGCUCCUAAUCUCAGCUCGUUACCUGUAUAAAAGACACCUGGGAGCCAGAAAUCUUUCUGAUUGAGAGGGGGUCAAAUACUUAUUUUCCUCAUUAAAAUGAAAAAAUCAAUUUAUAACAUUUUUGACAUGCGUUUUUCUGGAUUCUUUUGUUGUUAUUCUGUCUCUCACUGUUCAAAUAAACCUACCAUUACAAUUAUAGACUGAUCAUUUCUUUGUCAGUGGGCAAAAGUACAAAAUCAGCAGGGGAUCAAAUACUUUUUUCCCUCACUGUAUUAUGCAACUGCCUUUAUAAAACUUAAAUGAACCAAUGUUCGAUUUAGGGAGAAUGACGCAUAUGUCUUAUUGAACUGUCAAGAUAUCUUGCUUGACAUAUGCAGUCUUUUAACCUCUGUAUGGCCCAGCAUCGUCCGGGUUUGGCCGGUGUAGGCCGUCAUUGUAAAUAAGAAUUUGUUCUUAACUGACUUGCCUAGUUAAAUAAAGGUUAAAUAAAAAAUAAUAAAACUCUACAUCUGAAUUGCACUCAGGACUCACUUUAUUUUCUUUGUUACAUUUUUUUUUUUUUUUACUGGCAGACCAAUUGGCUUUAGAAAAUCAUAACAAUAGAAAAGAACAACAUUGACUUUGGCACAUUUCUACAUCAAAAUAAAGGAAUGUUUCAUUAAUCUCCCUGCCCCUCCCCUGUCUCUCUUUCUCUGCAUGAUUUUACUGGUUGUCUGGGGGCCACCUGUUUCUGAUUUAAUCUUUCUUCUUCAUAACCUUCUCUGAGCCCUGCCGUAGCCUGCCCAGCUAUGAUAACCUGCCGUCUAAUCUGCAUGUGCUGAGUGUCUGUGGUGGAACAAAAGACAACCUGCUCUUUGCUUCUCCCUGCUAUAUUUGCUAACUUCUAACAAAAGCCACAGCCUUGCAUGAUGUUGAUGUGAAAAGGGAAAGAUGUACAGUACCAGUCAAAAGUUUGGACACACCUACUCAUUCAAGGGUUUUUCUUUAUUUUUGCUAUUUUCUACAUUGUAGAAUAAUAGUGAAGACAUCAAAACUAUGAAAUAACACACAUGGAAUCAUGUAGUAACCAAAAAAGUGUUAAACAAAUCAAAAUAUAUUUUAGAUUCUUCAAAGUAGCACCCUUUGCCUUGAUGACAGCUUUGCACACUCUUGGCAUUCUCUCAACCAGCUUCAUGAGGUAGUCACCUGGAAUGGAUUUCAAUUAACAGGUGUGCCUUGUUAAAAAUGAAUUUGUGGAAUUCCUUUCCUUCUUAAUGCGUUUGAGCCAAUCAGUUGUGUUGUGACAAGGUAGGGUUGGUAUACAGGAAAACCAAAGUUCCAAAGGCUGAGCCUAAUAUUGUGUAUAAGAGGUCAUACAAUAAGUUUUGUAGUGAUUCCUAUGUUGUUGAUGUAAAGAAUAUAUGUUGGUCCAUGGUGUGUAAUGAGGAACAGACAGACACUGCACUUGACGCAUUUAUUAAAUUGCUUAUUCCAGUUACUAAUAAGCACGCACCCAUUAAGAAGAUGACUGUAAAAACUGUCAAAUCCCCGUGGAUUGAUGAGGAAUUGAAAAAUUGUAUGGUUGAGAGGGAUGAGGCAAACGGAAAGGCAAAUAAGUCUGGCUGCACAACCGAUUGGCAACUUAAAUGUAAAUGUAAAUUGAGAAAUCAUGUGACUAAACUGAAUAAAAGGAAGAAGAAACAACACUAUGAAACAAGGAUAACUGACAUAAAGAAUGAUAGUAAAAAGUUUUGGAGCACCUAAAAUGAAAUUUGGGUAAAAAAGGCAAACUCAGCUUCAUCAUUCAUUGAAUCAGGUGGCUCAUUCAUCACAAAACCAACUGAUAUUACCAACUACUUUAAUUGGCAAGAUUAGCUAACUUAGGCAUGACAUGCCAGCAACAAUUGCUGACACUACACAUCCAAGUAUAAAUGAAAGACAAGCAUUGUAAUUUUGAAUUCCGUAAAGUGAGUGUGGAAGAGGAGAAAAAAUUAUUGUUGUCUAUUAACAAUGACAAGCCACCGGGGUCUGACAACUUGGAUGGAAAAUUACUGAGGAUAAUAGCGGACGAUAUUGCCACUCCUAUUUGCCAUAUUUUCAAUUUAAGCCUACUAGAAUGUAUGUGCCCCAAGGCUUGGAGGGAAGCAAAAGUCAUUCCGUUACCUAAUAAUAGUAAAGCCCCCUUUUACUGGCUCAAAUAGCCGACCAGACUUAGUAAACUAUUGGAAAAAAUGGUGUUUGACCAGAUACAAUGCUAUUUUACAGUAAACAAAUUAACAACAAACUUUCAGCAUGCUUAUAGAGAAGGACAUUCAACAAGCAUAGCACUUACACAAAUGUCUGAUGAUUGGCUGAGAGAAAUUGAUGAUAAAAAGAUUGUGGGGGCUGUUUUGUUAGACUUCAGUGCGGCUUUUGACAUUAUCGAUCAUAAUCUGCUGCUGGAAAAACUUAUGUGUUAUGGCUUUACACCCCCUGCUAUAAUGUGGAUAAAGAGUUACUUGUCUAACAGAACCCAGAGGGUGUUAUUUAAUGGAAACCUCUCACACUUAAUCCAGGUAGAAUCAGGAAUUCCCCAGGGCAGCUGUUUAGGCCCCUUACUUUUUUCCAUCUUUACUAACAACAUGCCACUGGCUUUGAAUAAAGCGUCUAUGUAUGCGGAUGACUCAACACUAUACACAUCAGCUGCUACAGCGAUUGAAAUAACUGCUCUGCCUUCUUAACAACACUAUCAACAAGGCAGGUCCUACAGGCCCUAGUUUUGUCGCACCUAGACUACUGUUCAGUAGUGUGGUCAGGUGCCACAAGGAGGGACUUGGGAAAAUUGCAGUUGGCUCAGAACAGGGCAGCAUGGCUGGCCCUUAAAAGUACACAGAGAGCUAACAUUAAUGACAUGCAUGUUAGUCUCUCCUGGCUUAGAGUGGAAGAGAUUGACUUCAUCACUGCUUGUUUUUUUAAGAGGUGUAGACAAGCUGAAUAUGCCGAGCUGUCUGUUUGGAAUGCUGGCACACAGCUCGGACACCCAUGCAUACCCCACGAGACAUGCCACCAGAGAUCUCUUCACAGUCCCCAAGUCCAGAACAGACUACGGGAAACGCACAGUACUACAUAGAGCCAUGACUACAUGGAACUCUAUUCCACAUCAUAUAACUCAGUCAAGCAGUAAAAUCAGAUUUAAAAAAACAGAUAAAACUACACUUUAUGGAACAGCGUGGACUGUGAAGAGACACACACACACACACAGGCACACACACAGCAUUCGCAAACACAUGCUAACACACGCACUCUACACACACACAUUUUAAUAUUGUUAUUUUGCUGUAUUAUUGAUUUUGUAUUGUAAAUAUGUUAUGGUAGAGUAGUGUGAAAUAAGGUGAUGUGUUAUGUAUUGUUUUAUUGAUGUAAAUGGUGGUUGGACCCCAGGAAGAGUAGCUGCUGCCUUGGCAGCCGCUAAUGGGGAUCCGUAAUAAAUACAAAUACAGAAGAUAGCCCUAUUUGGUAAAAGACAAAGUCCAUAUUAUGGCAAGAACUGCUCAAAUAAGCAAAGAGAAACGACAGUCCAUCAUUACUUUAAGACAUGAAGGUCAGUCAAUCUGGAACAUUUCAAGAACUUUGAAAGUUUCUUCAAGUGCAGUCGCAAAAUCCAUCAAGCGCUAUGAUGAAACUGGCUCUCAUGAGGACCGCCACAGGAAAAGAAGACCCAGAGUUACCUCUGCUGCAGAGGAUAAGUUCAUUAGAGUUAACGGCACCUCAGAUUGCAGCCCAAAUAAAUGCUUCAGAGUUCAAGAAACAGACACAUCUCAACAUCAACUGUUCAAAGGAGACUGCGUAAAUCAGGCCUUCAUGGUCGAAUUGCUGCAAAGAACCCACUACUAAAGGACACCAAUAAGAAGAAGAGACUUGCUUGGGCCAAGAAAUACGAGCAAUGGACAUUAGACCGGUGGAAAUCUGUCCUUUGGUCUGGUGAGUCCAAAUUUGAGAUUUUUGGUUCCAACCGCCAUGUCUUUGUGAGACACAGAGUAGGUGAACGGAUGAUCUCCGCGUGUGUGGUUCCCACCGUGAAGCAUGGAGGAGGAGGUGUGAUGGUGUGGGGGUGCUUUGCUGGUGACACUUAACCAGCAUGGCUACCACAGCAUUCUGCAGCGAUACGCCAUCCCAUCUGGUUUGCGCUUAGGGACUAUCAUUUGUUUUUCAACAGGACAAUGACCCAAAACACACCUCCAAGCUGUGUAAGGGCUAUUUGACCAAGAAGGAGAGUGAUGGAGUGCUGCAUCAGAUGACCUGGCUUCCAUAAUCACCCGACCUCAACCCAAUUGAGACGGUUUGAGAUGAGUUGGACCGCAGAGUGAAGGAAAAGCAGCCAACAAGUGCUCAGCAUAUGUGGGAACUCCUUCAAGACUGUUGGAAAAGCAUUCCAGGUGAAGCUGGUUAAGAUACUUUCAAGAGUGUGCAAAGCUGUCAUCAAGGUAAAGGGUGGCUACUAUCUAAAAUAUAAAAUAUAUUUGGAUUUGUUGUUACUACAUGAUUCCAUGUGUAUUAUUUCAUAGUUUUGAUGUCUUCACUAUUAUUCUACAAUGUAGAAAAUAGUAAAAAUAAAGAAAAACCCUUGAAUGAAUAGGUGUGUCCAAACUUUUGACUGGUACUGUAUGUAUGUACUGUAUGUUGACAGAUUUGCCCUCUUCUAUUCACCAUUUUCUUCGCAGGAGAAUUGAUGGUGUGUUCAGUGACAUGCUCCCUACUUUCUUUAUAUAUGCAAUAAGCUUUGGGGCAAAUCAGCGAUUGUGCCAUGCACUUAACACAUUAGUAAAUCAACACUGAUUUAAAUUAGCUGCUUAGGUGUUAUGUCCUUAAAAUAUCAAGGAUUUACAUUAAUAUCAAAUUUUGAGGCUACAGUAGAGCAGCUCUUGCCUCCAUUGCCUUUCAAUGAUCUUAGCAAGACAGUCCAAUGUGGUAACCAACCCACAAGGCCUGAAGACCCAGGGAAAGUGACCAAGUUGGCCAGUGCUGGGUAAUGAAUGAGUUUAUUAUCUGUGUCCAUCACUCACACAGGUGUCCGACUGGUGCUCCAGCAGUGGCUUCCUCAACAGGUGGGUGGUCAUAUUACAUCACUCAUAUGACUCAUAGUCAACCAUAACACUCACAAUAUAACCCAUUCUAAUUUACAGUUGUGCUGUACUGUAAGCAUAUGAUGUAUGAGGCCUAUAGAUCAAAUGGUAUAUGCUAGAAGGGUAUACAGUAUCUCAAAUACCCCUCAUAGUUGGUGUCAUCUCACUUAUGGAGCCACCAGUCAGUCAGGGAAUAGUGGCAUGUUUUUAACCAGGCCAGGGGUGGUUGGGUUGGUGGUCUGAACUGGAUUUUAACAACCAGUGAAAGUAUGUGGUAGAAAACUAACCUCAGUGUCAUGGUGUCAGAGGACCGUUUACAUUUAAGUCAUUUAGCAGACACUCUUAUCCAGAGCGACUUACAAAUAGGUGCAUUCAACAUAGGAUAGCCAGUGGGACAACCACCCAAUAUAUUUUUCAGGUAUUCCUUAAAGAGGGAGGGUUUCAAGUGUCUCCGGACCAGACAAAAAGACGGACAGAUAGACUACUGGGAGACAACAUGCUAGACCACAGACAGACAGGACCUCAAAUAGUGUUACAACCUCAAGCGUGACAUUCUUCAAAUGAAUAAGACCCAGAAAGAAUGGGUCAGAUCCUUCUGUUUGGAAAUAGAGGACUUUGAAUGAGGCUAGUUCCUAUUUUGGGAUUCAAAAUCAUUCAAGACAUCUGAUUCCCCUUAUUGAAAUUAAAUUAACCUCACUUGGAUGACAUCCUACAAGAGGAAUAAAAAAUGAUGACGGGGUAUGACAAAUGAUGAUUUUCCCAACAAACUCUAUAAAUAGCUGCUCCAACCUACUGACUGUGACGAUGGUGGAGGGAACAGUCGCCCCCAUCUGUUUGGUAGAGGUUCCAUGGCCUUUCAUUGGCCCUGAGGGGGUGUUAACCCCAACACGCGCAUACCCCCCCCCCCCCUUCGUCUCAGCCUGUUUGUCACACUUGAUGAAUGCCCACAUAUUAAGAUUUCUGAUCACUGUUACACAAUACAGUAGGCGGUGGAGCAAUUAUUUGCAUGUACAUUCAAAUACUUGAUUAUGGAUAUUCAGUAACAAGUUUAGGACACUCAAAAGUAACUAGCUACUCCACUUACACACAGCCAAAAAGCAGAGGAAGGCACAUUUUUACAUUUUAGUCAUUUAGCAGAUGCUCUUAUCCAGAGCGACUUACAGUUAGUGAGUGCAUACAUUUUUCAUACACAGAGGUAUUAACUAUCUCACCAUUAUGUCUCAGACAUCUUACACCAACCAUAUGAGACAGCAGUAAAAGGUCUGGAUUUGCUAACUAUGGGGGGAAAGAUGUAAGCAAUUGACAGACAGGAAAAACAAGCUAAGACGACUUCAUACCCUAAGAUUGCAGGGCGAGGCCUGUAGCCUGCUGACGUAAAUCUAUGUAUUUUGAGAAUUGGCCGAUAGCUCUCUGUGCACCAUACUGCAGUGGCUGUUUGCCUGAUAUAUCACCACUGUCCCGACACAGACAGAAAAAAACGGCACUAUUUUUGCCACAAGAUCCAUUUUAUUGCAGCAAAUUAUAUAUGAAAGUUAACUGAAAUGGAACCAAGAUAAAGAUAAUGAGUGCCUAUGUUUGAGCCAAGGAUGCACUAAGAUUUUUGACUUCCUGUAUUUAUCAUUCCCAAACCUAAAUGGUACAGUAAGUGCCUCUGUGGUAUGUUGAGGUUGAUGCAGAGGGUAGAAUGAGUGGUUUUGACUAGUCAAUGUUACCCAUUUGCCCCCUGACUAAUUUAGUCAUUGGUCUAGACUAGAUGAUAUGCUAGAUGCUUUGUUUUCUAAUCUUGCCUCAUUCUCUCCUCUCUCCUCCUCAGAUACAGCCAACCUCAUAUUCGAUCCUGGUCCUUCUCUCAAGCGGUAAGGACAUCUCUGCUCUCUGGCUUGACCCCUGACCUCUAACAUAAUCUGUUUUGUGUCCAUAAACUCUGUCUCCACUCCACUGGUUCAGAGUGGUUCAGAGUGGCUCCUCUGGCUCCUUGUCUCCAUUCUCACCUCCCAAUCCUUCAUGAUUCUGUUAAUCCACACACACUCAGUGGUGAUGAGAAGCCCAGUACUCCUGGAUGAAUGAAACACACAGACUUAGCAUUGCUUACACAAUUCAAUGAACAGUGAUAAGAUAUGGCAAAGUGAUAAAUCAUUAUCCAUUAAAGGGUUGUUUUUGAGAGAGAGAGAGAGAGAGAGAGAGAGAGAGAGAGAGAGAGAGAGAGAGAGAGAGAGAGAGAGAGAGAGAGAGAGAGAGAGAGAGAGAGAGAGAGAGAGAGAGAGAGAGAGAGGAGAGAGAGAGAGAGAGAGAGAGAGAGAGAGAGAGAGAGAUCUCCUCCUGCUAUGUGAGGAAUGUCUCUGGCCUUUGAGACAAUCCCAUUAUAUCACACAGAUAAGACAUUAAACAAGAGUUGUGGUACAUAUACUCAACCACUGACACUAAACUAUUCUUCAUGGUCUUCUUAAUCACAAUCUUGAGCCAUUUCAUUGCCACUCAAAUGAUAUCAGUUAAUAGCUAACUAUGAAAGUGGCCAUUCUGGAGGCUAUUAUCAGCAGCGGGACAUAACCCACUGUUACGCCUCAAAAUGAGCCGUAGUGGAAAUUGAUCUGCCACUUAUUGGCCAUGACAGAUGUGGGUAUUGGAUUACCUGGCUGGGGGAUAUCGGAACAUUCAGCGGCCAAGCCUCUGGGGAUCACUUUCCUGCCUCCUCCCCUCCUGUAAUAUCCCAGAGAGCCAUGAGUUAAUGCCAAUCCCUCAGUCACACUUAGCAGGCAUACACAUCCAGUGCGGUCAGAUAUAUGGCCACAGAGCAGCUAGUGACAAAGGAACAAAUCACUACUCCAAAGGUUCAUGAUCUCCAAGAGAUAUUGUGCACAAACAAGAAAACCUUGAACUAAAGUCAAGCCUUUGUCAAGGCCCAGGGAGAGGGAGAAAUAGGUGCUCUAUAAGCCAUACACUUUUCCAUUUUUUCCUCUGUGAAUAAUUUCAGAAGGAGUGUGGGAUCAUGUACAGUGCUGUGAAAAAGUAUUUGCCCCCUUUCUAAUUUUCUCUACUUUUGCAUAUUUUUCAUUCUGAAUGUUGUCAGAUCUUCAACCAAAACCUAAUAUUAGAUAAAAGGAACCUGCGUGAACAAAUAACACAACAAUUACAUACUUUAUUUAUUUAUUUCAUAAACAACGUUAUGCAACACCCAAUGCCCGUGUGAAAAAGUAAUUGCCCCCUUACACUCAAUAAUUGGUUGUGCCACCUUUAGCUGCAAUUACUCCAACCAAAUGCUUCCUGUAGUUGUUGAUCAGUCUCUCACGUCGCUGUGGAGGAAUUUUGGCCCACUCUUCUGUGCAGAACUACUUUAACUCAGCAACAUUUGUGGGUUCCUGCCACAACAUCUCAAUUGGGAUUAGUUCUGGACUUUGACUAGGCCAUUCCAAAACUUCAAAUAUGUUUGUUUUUAACCAUUUUCAUGUAGACUUGAUUGUGUAUUUUGGAUCAAUGUCUUGCUGCAUGACCCAGCUGUGCUUCAGCUUCAGCUCAGAUAUGGAUGGCCUGACAUUCUCCUAGUACCACCAUGCUUGACCAUUGGUAUGAGGUUCUUACUGUGGAAUGCAGUGUUUGGUUUUUGCCAGACAUAAUGGGACCCAUCUCGUCCAAAAAGUUCACUCAAGUUUGACAAAAAGAACCUGGAUGAUCAUCAAGACUCUUGGAAGAAUGUUCUAGCGAAAACCAAACACUGCAUUCCACAGUAAGAACCAUAUACUAACGGUAAAGCAUUGUGGUGGCAGUGUGAUGGUUUGGAGAUGCUUUGCUGCCUCGGGACCUGCAAGACUUGCCUUAAUAGAAGGAACCAUGAAUUCAGCUAUGUAUCAGAGAAUUCUGCAGGAGAAUGUCAGGCUGUCUGUGAGCUGAAGCUGAAGAGCAGCUGGGUCAUGCAGCAAAACAAUGAUCCAAAACACACAAUCAAGUCUACAUGAAAAUGGCUAAAAAGCAACAAAUUUGAAGUUUUGGAAUGGUCUAGUCAAAGCCAAGAUCCCAAUUGAGAUGUUGUGGCAGGAUUUGAAACGAGCAGUUCAUGCUUGAAAACAAGCAGUUCAUGCUUGAAAACCCACAAAUGUCACUGAGUUAAAGCAGUUCUGCAUGCAAGAGUGGGGCAAAAUUCCUCCACAGUGAUGUGAGAGACUGAUCAACAACUACAGGAAGCAUUUGGUUGCAGUAAAUGCAGCUAAAGGUGGCACAACCAGUUAUUGAGUGUAAGGGGGCAAUCACUUUUUCACACAGGGGAAUUGGGUGUUGCAUAACUUUGUUAAUUAAAUAAAUAAAAUAAGUAUACAUUAAUUUAUUUCUUGGUAACUCAGGUUCCCUUUAACUAAUAUUAAGUUUUGGUUGAAGAUCUGACAACAUUCAGUAUCGAAAAUAUGCAAAAAUAAAGAAAAUCAGAAAGGGGGCAAAUACUUUUUCACAGGACUGUAUGUAGGUGAGAGGGGGAAUAUUCAUUGCUCAGUGAAUUAUGGACCACAGCAGUACUCAAAGAGUUAAAGGUCCAAUGCAGCUGUUUUUAUCUCGAUAUCAAAUCAUUUCUGGGUAACAGUUAUGUACCUUACUGUGAUUGUUUUAAAUUAAAAUGGUCAAAAAGAAACAAAAAUUGCUUCUUAGCAAAGAGCAAUUUCUCAAGCAAGAAUGUCUAGGAGUGGUCUGAGUGGGGAGGGGAAAACAGAAAACUAGCUGUUAUUGGCAAAGAGGUUUGGAACUCUCUUUCUUAUAGGUCUAUUAACUAAUUUACCACCUGGUGAUGUCACCAGACAGGCCAAAACUCCAUCCCACCAAAACAGGCUGAACUUUCAGGUGGUAUUUCCAUCCCACCAAAACAGACUGAGAUUUCAGGUGGUCUUUUCAAACAGCUUUUACACUAAAAGGGCUUUAUCAUAAUUGUCCCAAUUUCACAGUAUUAUUCCAACCUCAUAGUGUGGAAAUAUGUGUAAAACACAGAAAAAGUCAAGUUUUUGACUGCACUGGGCCUUUAAAUCAAUGUGUCAACUGUUUUCGCUGCCGGGGUUGAGCCACAGUGCGAGGCAACUAUGGGGGGCCUUUGCCAAUCUCCUGUAGUCGCAGCACACUGAGCAGUGUAAAGAACCUGAUACCAGCUCUGCGGCCCGGGGCCCUGGCCCAGCAUGAGAGACCCCGAGUGAAGAAUAGCCACUCUGUAUCUGCCAGUGAAAGCCCCUCGCUCCACUUGCUCCAGAGCAGGACUUGGGGGAUAUUAGUUAAGUGCUGUGACAAUUCUCAGCAUGGAACAUGAUGGGAGAUUUAGUCCACAAUGGUGUGACAAAUCCACAUUCCCAGGAAGUCUAUUGGGCUCUGACAUGAGUGGUGGAGGGCUUACCUUAUUUCCCCCACUGCCUUUUCAUGUAUCAAAACAAUACUCAGUGCUAAAUCAUUCUAAUGUGACAUGCUUAGACUUUUGUUCUAAAAUGAAUGAGAACAAUAGAAACAGAAUUGCAUGUAAAUCUUUGAAUUCCAUCUUUCUAUCCAUUUCAAAAGCCAUGGCCCAGAUGAUUGUAACUUGGUGAUGACAAUGGUGUUACUUGAUAUGGAUGAGAGGGGGAUGUGAGAAACGUAGAGAGAAUGGCAGAGAGAUAGAGAGACAGGAGGAGAGAGGGUAGAGAGAGAGGGAGAGAGAGAAGAGAAUGUCCCUAUAGUUUGCCUGUCACUGUAUGGGCACAGUGGGGCAUGUCAGGACACAGGAGCCCCAUGAGGGUUGAGGUCAGUGGGGAGACAGAGAGAGAGGAGGGGAGCCUCUAUAUAAUAGCCGUCCUCUCCAGGUCCAGGAAUGUGUCUGGUUUACCACUAGUGUUCUAGCACAGGGAGAACCCACCGCAUCCGAUCCUCUGAGCAGAUAGCAGCUACCAUCCACAAACAUUACAGCCCCAGUCAGAGCGCUAGACAAAUGUUAUGGCUACAGUUUGUGCUCCCCACAGGGAGAGAAGAGUGUUGAUAGCCAUGCUGCAGCCUCCUUUAGUUUCCUCCCAGAAAACCAUAAGUGGACCGUGAUGUGACACAUAUUUCUUUCCUUUUUCCUAAGGCACCUCCGUAAUGGUAUAUUUUGUGAAAUUCAUUCAAUGAUGAUGUUUUUACCAGUCUGUAAUACCAAUAUGAUUAUGGCAAGUCGUAUUGUAAUUGUUUAAACAGACUGUGGAUAUAUACACUAUAUAUACAAAGGUAUGUGGACACCCCAUCAAAUUAGUGGAUUCAGCUAUAUCAGCCACACCCGUUGCUGACAGGUGUAUAAAAUCGAGCACGCCGCCAUGCAAUCUCCAUAGACAAACAUCGGCAGUAGAAUGGCCUUACUGAAGAGCUCAGUGACUUUCAACGUGGCAACGCCAUAGGAUGUCACCUUUCCAACAAGUCAGUUAUUCACAUUUCUGCUGGGCUAGAGCUGCCCCGGUCAACUGUGCUGUUAAUGUGAAGUGGAAACCUCUAGGAGAAACAACGGCUCAGCCGCAAAGUGGUAGGCCACACAAGCUCACAGAACGGGACCGCUGAGUGCUGAAGCACGUAGCGCGUAUAAAUCAUCUGUCCUCGGUUGCAACACUCACUACCGAGUUCCAAACUGCCUCUGGAAGCAACGUCAGCCCAAUAACUGUUUGUCGGGAGCUUCAUUAAAUGGGUUUCCAUGGUCGAGCAGCCGCACACGAGCCAAAGAUCACCAUGCGCAAUGCCAAGCGUUGGCUGGAGUGGUGUAAAGCUCACUGCCAUUGGACUCUGGAACAGUGGAAACAUGUUCUCUGGAGUGAUGAAUCACGCUUCACCAUCUGGCAGUCCGACGGACAAAUCUGGGUUUGGCGGAUGCCAGGAGAACGCUACCUGCCCCAAUGCAUAGUGCCAACUGUAAAGUUUGGUGGAGGAGGAAUAAUGGUCUGGGGCUGUUUUUCAUGGUUUGGGCUAGAUCCCUUAGUUCCAGUGAAGGGAAAUCUUAACACUACAGCAUACAAUGACAUUCUAGACGAUUCUGUGCUUCCAACUUUGUGGCAACAGUUUGGGGAAGGCCCUUUCCUCUUUUAGCAUGAAAAUGCACUCGUGCACAAAGCGAGGUCCAUACAGAAAUGGUUUGUCGAGAUUGGUGUGGAAGAACUUGACAGGCCUGCAAAGAGCCCUGACCUCAACCCCAUCGAACACCUUUGGGAUUAAUUGGAAUGCCUACAGAGAGCCAGGCCUAAUCGCCCAACAUCAGUGCCCUGACCUCACUAAUGCUCUUGUGGCUGAAUGGGAGCAAGUCCCCGCAAUAUCUAGUGGAAAGACUUACAUUUACAUUUACAUUUUAGUCAUUUAGCAGACUCCCAGAAGAGUGGAGGCUGUUAUAGCAGCAAAGGGGGGACCAACUCCAUAUUCCCAUGAUCUUGGAAUGAGAUGUUCAAUGAGCAGGUGUCCACAUACUUUUGGUAAUGUACUGUAUAUUGUCCACAGCAAGAGUCUGUGAGAAUUCAAUUAACGUCAAGUCAACAGCUUUGAUGAACAAGUGUCGCCUACAAUCUAAUUUACACAUUUGAUGCGCUAGAGUGACAUCUAGUGGUUAUUGGGUGACGGUGCACACUUUAACUCAUUGGACAAAUUCAGACUCACUGCUACUAUAUUGCAACCUAAUGUUCACCAUUGUUUUAGAGGGUUUUCGCCGUUGCAAGUGCAAGCUUUCCUUCAGCAGAGACGUUAUCCGCACUAAAAUACGUAUUUUCAUAUCUAAGUUGCAGGUAUGUUUUGGGGUGAUUUUUGAGGACUAGACUAUCACCUUAAUGUUUGAAGACAAGUUAUCUGCUUUUCGUUUGCCUAUUCGUUUUUUUAAACUAACACAAACACAGGGUUUGGGUCAAUCCAUCAAAGAAAGACACACACAUUUUGAGUAAACGGUUAUAGGCCUAGAUGGCUUCACUGAACUCGGUUCAGUCCAGCUAGUGUUUUUAAUUCAUUUUGUUUUUGUUAUAUCUGAUUCUUGUUUAGUUCCAAACAUGGCCGUUAUUAGGUGUGGAAGCAUUUGAUCCCUAAACUCUUGACCUGUCUGAUGUGGUAGUAUGCUGCAGUCAGUGCUCACACCGUUCUUGAUGCUCUCUUAAACUGGUUGUAUUGUUUAUGUCAUCUGAUGACGUGCAGUUAGUUCAUCUGCUUAGCUGUGGUUAGUUCAUAAGGCUGCAGCUGUGGUUAUAGUGUGAUGAAAUAUCACUAGGCUCACAGUCAUCAGUUGGUUAACAAAACAUGUUGCUGACUGAGAUGCAAGUGUGUUGAGCAAGACAGCGAGAGAAGUGAAGCAUAGAUAUGUUUCUCUUCUUUGGUAUGUGUCAUUUGGUGAAGACCAGCCUUAUGAAGCCGGAUGCUCUUAAGUGGAUAUAUUCCUAACCUGGUUUGAAAGCAACAGGUACUGAUUUGUCACGGAUUCAUCUUGACUAAAUGAAUAUGUAUAUUGUUCUUUCAUUGCAGCAUUUUGGAACUGUAUGGUAGGAAUGUGUACCUACCAGUAUAACUUCCUAAAUUGGAGGCAUUUUCUUUGUCCAUCAGGACCAUGGAUCUGGAAAGAGCUUAACCUUAGUUUACAAGUUUUUAUCAGCUGAUGUGACCUACAUUUUGGUUUGUGUGGCUCCAGAGUCUGAGGGUCCCUCCAUCAAACCCCUCAGAUAUUCUCUGUCUGGAACGUAGUCCCCCUGAAGAAGUAUUCUAGGAGGAAGUUUGUCAAUAAUGUCAAUGUGAAGGAAACUGUUUCUCAAUGUCUGUGACAACGUCAGUUCCCAUGUUUGGUUUGAAGACAUUAUGGGUCAUAUUCUGUUAAUGAAAGGGCUGACUACAGUCUUGUGCAAGUUCACUUAUGAAGACUAAAUGCAGCGUACAAGGGUCAUGCUAUAAAUGGACACCAACUCAUCCAUGAUGUGAAGCAGUUCCCCCUUUUCUCUAAAUCAGGAGAGAUGUCAAAGUGGACCUUUUGACAUUUGAAGUAUUGUACUAAAAUGGGGGGUAAAUAAUGUUUUGAAUUCAACAGUCUGUGGAUAAAUUGAAAAGGUCUCUCUCUCUCUCUCUCUCUCUCUCUCUCUGACUGCAGGCUGCCUUCCCUAUAUCUCUGGCUCCCUCCAUGGCAGCUGAUGACUACAACCCUGUAAGUACUGGAGAUUAUCUAUAGUUUUUUGAAUGGGCAUUUUUUUCCUGAGGCAGGCAGUACUCACAUAUUGCUUUGGCAAUUCCUUUCUCAUAGGAUGUCAUCAUUACAUCUUCCUCUGAGAUCUCACAAUAUAUAGUAGAGCGGAGAUUCAGCAACUCUUGGAGGACAAUGGAAUUAAACAAAAAGCUUCUUUAUUGUUAAAAAAAGUACAUAUAUUUAAAAAAGGUGGCAAACCUCUGUGUUAUAUUUGAUUGCUUGUGAAUACUGCAUUUGGAAUAUCUGCGAAAGAGAAAGAGAGAAUGAACACGAGAGAGAGAAGAGGAUGUUGGAGAGAGUAGAGAGAGAUAAUGAACACGAGAGAGAGAGAAGAGGAUGUUAGAGAGAGAGAUGUGACACUGGUAGUGUGAAACAGGAUGUUUCAAAGACAAUCGCUGAGGUAGGGUGAGGGACUGUCUGAUCGAGCUGCACUGUCUGGGGGAGCACUAUCUUCAAUCACCCAUCUCCUGAACUAGGGACUAUCUGACCUCUCACUACCUUUCUUGUGUUCUCUCAGGUUUCCCUGAGACAGAAACCCAAGAGGAAAACUCGAGGAGGUAAGUUGGUGUCCAAGCCUGAUUCUGCUGCCUGCCUGCUUGCUGUCUGUGCCCUCAACUGUAAUUUGGCUCCCCUGAUUUGGACGUGUGUGAAGUGACAAGACGAUUAGAGUCUCUGUGUGGAGGGUUGUGUUGAAAAUGCUGUAGCCCUUUACACUCAUAUAUGGGUUGAAAAUUGCAGAUUUGGGCACUGAUAAGCGUCUAAAUUGGAACGCAGUGGUUGUACAGUAACAUGCUAUAAAUUACGUCAGAGCUCUGGCUCUGCGCUUUACAGUGCUGUUUGGGUUUUGACUGACCGCUGUCCUGAACUUAGUCCCCCUCCCUCCUGUUAAUUGGGCAACUUUUCCACAUUUUUUUGUUGUCUGAGUAAGGGAAAUGGUGUAAAUUAAGAGGACUCAAUCUAUUUUAAAAGAUCAGACGUUGAGGAUUAUAAUAAAUACCGCUUUGAGCCCGAAUGUACAAUUCACAUUUCCAUAUCAUAAAACUCAUCAUAUACAGUGUCACCGUUUUAUGAUCACUAUGUUUGAUGUACAGUUACAAGAUGACAUGGCAUCAUACGCUGGGUUGUUCUGAACAGAAUGAGCCUAUGUUUGUCUAUUGUGAAGAAGAUUCUCUGCGGAACACGCAGCUGAAUGCACACGACUCCUUUCUAUGCACACCAAAAUUACGAUCUGUUUCUCUGAAUUGCCCUAACACUGUAAGAUCAUAUUUUAUAACUUAGCUAUUCAAGUUGGCAAUAGAACAAGCUUUUAAAUGAUGCCCACCUGACCCAGAUUGCAAUUUAUAAUGUGCAGUUGCUUAAACAACAACAGUAAUUGUGUGAUUGAAGGGCUGUGUUCAAAACAACUACAAGUGUGCUUGUUCUAGUUCCUCAACGGCACAGCUAGGAGAGCUAAAAAAAAAAACAACUUAUAGUUGAAGACUCUUUGAGUCAUAAAAGUGCAUUGAAAUGACUUAGGAACUGUGCACACUUUGGAGAGGUGUUCGGCCACUUGAAGACACCAGUUAGUCCUCUCAAACCCAUGUAAUUUUUUUGGUUUACAGUGGGGAAAAAAAGUAUUUAGUCAGCCACCAAUUGUGCAAGUUCUCCCACUUAAAAAGAUGAGAGAGGCCUGUAAUUUUCAUCAUAGGUACACGUCAACUAUGACAGACAAAUUGAGAAAAAAAAUUCCAGAAAAUCACAUUGUAGGAUUUUUAAUGAAUUUAUUUGCAAAUGAUGGUGGAAAAUAAGUAUUUGGUCACCUACAAACAAGCAAGAUUUCUGGCUCUCACAGACCUGUAACUUCUUCUUUAAGAGGCUCCUCUGUCCUCCACUCGUUACCUGUAUUAAUGGCACCUGUUUGAACUUGUUAUCAGUAUAAAAGACACCUGUCCACAACCUCAAACAGUCACACUCCAAACUCCACUAUGGCCAAGACCAAAGAUCUGUCAAAGGACACCAGAAACAAAAUUGUAGACCUGCACCAGGCUGGGAAGACUGAACCUGCAAUAGGUAAGCAGCUUGGUUUGAAGAAAUCAACUGUGGGAGCAAUUAUUAGGAAAUGGAAGACAUACAAGACCACUGAUAAUCUCCCUCGAUCUGGGGCUCCACGCAAGAUCUCACCCCGUGGGGUCAAAAUUAUCACAAGAACAGUUAGCAAAAAUCCCAGAGCCACAGGGGGGACCUAGUGAAUGACCUGCAGAGAGCUGGGACCAAAGUAACAAAGCCUACCAUCAGUAACACACUACGCCGCCAGGGACUCAAAUCCCGCAGUGCCAGACGUGUGCCCCUGCUUAAGCCAGUACGUGUCCAGGCCCGUCUGAAGUUUGCUAGAGUGCAUUUGGAUGAUCCAGAAGAGGAUUGGGAGAAUGUCAUAUGGUCAGAUGAAACCAAAAUAGAACUUUUUGGUAAAAACUCAACUCGUUGUGUUUGGAGGACAAAGAAUGCUGAGUUGCAUCCAAAGAACACCAUACCUACUGUGAAGCAUGGGGGUGGAAACAUCAUGCUUUGGGGCUGUUUUUCUGCAAAGGGACCAGGACGACUGAUCCGUGUAAAGGAAAGAAUGAAUGGGGCCAUGUAUCCUGAGAUUUUGAGUGAAACCUCCUUCCAUCAGCAAGGGCAUUGAAGAUGAAACGUGGCUGGGUCUUUCAGCAUGACAAUGAUCCCAAACACACCGCCCGGGCAACGAAGGUGUGGCUUCGUAAGAAGCAUUUCAAGGUCCUGGAGUGGCCUAGCCAGUCUCCAGAUCUCAACCCCAUAGAAAAUCUUUGGAGGGAGUUGAAAGUCUGUGUUGCCCAGCGACAGCCCCAAAACAUCACUGCUCUAGAGGAGAUCUGCAUGGAGGAAUGGGCCAAAAUACCAGCAACAGUGUGUGAAAACCUUGUGAAGACUUACAGAAAACGUUUGACCUGUGUCAUUGCCAACAAAGGGUAUAUAACAAAGUAUUGAGAAACUUUUGUUAUUGACCAAAUACUUAUUUUCCACCAUAAUUUGCAAAUAAAUUCAUUAAAAAUCCUACAAUGUGAUUUUCAGGAUUUUUUUUUCUAAUUUUGUCUGUCAUAGUUGACGUGUACCUAUGAUGAAAAUUACAGGCCUCUCUCAUCUUUUUAAGUGGGAGAACUUGCACAAUUGGUGGCUGACUAAAUACUUUUUUUCCCCACUGUAUGUUGCACCUACCCCACAUUUUACAGGAAUAUUCUUAUCAUGUUACUGAAUGUAUUUUCAGAUUUUGUUAUCAGCAAAUGCGCCGAAAAGGAAAGUAAAUGUAAAAUGCACAUAAAAUCAACAGUAUAAUGUUUGGAUUCAGUCUUGUGUCAGGUGAACUGUUGUGUCCUGAACUUUUGUCUAAUAAUAUUCCCAUAAUCUCCAAACUAUUUCCUUUCAAUUGCUACCAUGCUUUUCAUAUUUCUUCUGUAAGAAACAUUUACCCCUAUCUAUAUAGGCCAAUUCCCACUAGUGUAAAGGGUUAAGACCAGGCUCAGCAAGAGAUUCCAAUAUUAUUAGCCUUCUGUUUAUGGGCAGUUAGUGUAUGCUGUGCUUCAUUGUGUGUGAUAAACAGGUAACUGCCAAAAUAAUGGAAACUCUUGAGUAAAUGAGGGAUACAAAGUAUAUUGAAAACAGGUGCUUCCACACAGGUGUGGUUCUUGAGUUAAGGAAAGCAAUUAACAUCCCAUUGUGUUUAGGGACAUUUAUUGUCACAUACACCAGAUAGGUGCAGUGAAAUGUGUUGUUUUACAGGGUCAGUCAUACUAGUACGGCGCCCCUGGAGCAAAUUAGGGUUAAGUGCCUUGCUCAAGGGUACAUCAACAGAUUUUUCACUUUGUCGGCUUGGGUAUUCGACCCAAUGCUCUAACCGCUAGGCUACCUGCCAUAGCUAACAUGGCUAUGCCCCCAUAGGAUGACAAUGCCCCAUCCACAGGGCAUGAGUGGUCACUGAAUGGUUUGAUGAGUAUUAUUAAAUGUUUUACCAUAUGCCAUGGCCAUCUCAGUCAUCAGAUCUCAACACAAUUGAACACUUAUGGGAGAUUCUGUAAUGGCCCCUGAGACCGUGCUUUCCACCACCAUCAACAAAACACCAAAUUAUGGAAUUUCUCAUGGAAGAAUGGUGUCGCAUCCCUCCAAUAGAGUUCCAGACACUUGUAGAAUCUAUUCCAAGGUGCAUUGAAGCUGUUCUGGCUCAUGGUGGCCCAACACCCUAAUAAGACACUGGUAUUUCCUUUAUUUUGGCAUUUACCUGUGGAAUACUUUUUUGAAAAUUCUUUGGCUGACAACCAUCUGACACAGGUAGGCUGAAAGUGGUUGAAAGAGAUUCUGAAUCUGCUGUACUUGGAAACAGUAACUUAAAAUCUGAAUCAGCAGGUGAACCAUAAAUCUGUUUAACAGAUCUGUUGCGUAGAAUGUUCAAUUUGGAGUCAUUGGACUAUUUGAAUUAUAUUGUAUCCCUCUGUACAUCAUGGGCAUGUAAUAUUGUUUGUACCUUGCUGAACUUGCUGAAGAGGAUUUAUUUAACCAAUCAAAGUGUCAUAUCAAAAUGUCUGCAUAGCAAAAAGGUAAAUUAGAGGGUAUAUUGUUGCUUUACAACCACGGUGCAUGAAUUCAGGAACGAUCUCCUCUGUUUGUGUUUCUGUGUUCAGGCAAUGUGGCAAUGAGCAGACGGAGGGUCUCGGUUAAAGAGCUGGGGGAGUUGGACUACCAUGGCUGGCUCUACAGGAAGAAAGAAGGAAAGGGCUUCCUGGGCUUCAAAUGGAAGAAGUACUGGUUUGUGCUGAAGAAGACUUCUCUGUACUGGUACACUACUCAGCUGGUGAGUAACACUGGCAACUUAGCCUUCUAUGCUGAGUCAUCCUAUCAUUUCCACAGCUGCCUGCUGCCUCCGCUACCUCUCGUCACUGCUGGUAAUUAGUCAGUCUGACUCUGACAUGGUGUUUCCUGAAACUGGAAGUGUCAGUGUGUCAGUUUCUUCUACGGAGGCAUGAUUACUGGCAUGAUGGAGGAAUUAAUAAAGCCUAUGUUUACCAUGUGUCAAAACUAAUUUGAGGGAACUAGAAAUGGAUAAAAGGUUUAAUAAUGUGUCUUUUUUCAUUGCUUUGAAAUGCCAAUCCCUUUAAUGCUAAGAAUCUGUUAAUCCUACAUUAUUUUCAGGCAGAGAAAGCAGAGGGAUUCAUUAACCUGACUGACUUCAUCAUCGACAGAGCAUUGGAGUGCAAGAAAAAAUAGUAAGUCAUUUGUUUCUUAUUUCACUAAAUCAUGUUACUGUUGGUGUAAAACUGGUCAAUUAAUCUAUUCCAGGUAAUCACUGACCAUUUACUAGCACUUUUUCAAUUUGACGAGGACGCCCACCUCUCACAAUGACUGGAAGUUAUAGGGCUCGUGAAUGUUUAACUUCCUGAGCACAGAGUGUGAAUGAUUGAACACAAAGUGAGAAAAUUAAUCAUCUGAGUUAUGUUCUCUCCCCUCUCUGUCUCUUGCAGUGCCAUCAAAGCAUGUCACCCGCAAGUCAUGAUUUUUUUCUUUGCAGCUGAUACCUACGAGGAGAUGAACGUGUAAGUCACAUGAAAAGAUUGUCAUGUUAAGAUAGUCAUCAUAGAAACACUGUGAGGAAUGUGACAGUCUCUCUCUGUUUGUCUGUUGCAGAUGGUUGAAUAAGCUUGGGCUUGCUUCAAUACAAUACGAACCAACAGAGAGCAACACUGCUGGUAAGCUUUUAUGUUGAUCAGUCGGAAUGAUUUAUCAGCUGUGGUCCAUUCCACCAAUUGACUCAUUCUGUUCUUUACUACUAUUGCCUCAGUAUCACUGCUGAUUAUUGUUUGUCAAGUACAGUGAGGGGAAAAAAAGUAUUUGAUCCCCUGCUGAUUUUGUACGUUUGCCCACUGACAAAGACAUGAUCAGUCUAUAAUUUUAAUGGUAGGUUUAUUUGAACAGUGAGAGACAGAAUAACAACAACAAAAUCCAGAAAAACGCAUGUAAAAAAAAGUAUUAAUUGAUUUGCAUUUUAAUGAGGGAAAUAUGUAUUUGACCCUCUCUCAAUCAGAAAGAUUUCUGGCUCCCAGGUGUCUUUUAUACAGGUAAAGAGCUGAGAUUAGGAGCACACUCUUAAAGGGAGUGCUCCUAAUCUCAGUUUGUUACCUGUAUAAAAGACACCUGUCCACAGAAGCAAUCAAUCAAUCAGAUUCCAAACUCUCCACCAUGGCCAAGACCAAAGUGCUCUCCAAGGAUGUCAGGGACAAGAUUGUAGACCUAGACAAGGUUGGAAUGGGCUACAAGACCAUCGCCAAGCAGCUUGGUGAGAAGGUGACAACGGUGCGAUCAUUUGCAAAUGGAAGAAACACAAAAUAACUGUCAAUCUCCCUCGGCCUGGGGCUCCAUGCAAGAUCUCACCUUGUGGAGUUGCAAUGAUCAUGAGAACGGUGAGGAAUCAGCCCAGAACUACACGGGAGGAUCUUGUCAAUGAUCUCAAGGCAGCUGGGACCAUAGUCACCAAGAAAACAAUUGGUAACACACUAUGCCGUGAAGGACUGAAAUCCUGCAGCGCCCGCAAGGUCCCCCUGCUCAAGAAAGCACAUAUACAGGCCCGUCUGAAGUUUGUCAAUGAACAUCUGAAGGAUUCAGAGGAGAACUGGGUGAAAGUGUUGUGGUCAGAUGAGACCAAAAUGGAGCUCUUUGCCAUCAACUCAACUCGCCGUGUUUGGAGGAGGAGGAAUGCUGCCUAUGACCCCAAGAACACCAUCCCCACCGUCAAACAUGGAGGUGGAAACAUUAUGCUUUGGGGGUGUUUUUCUGCUAAGGGGACAGGACAACGUCACAGGAUCAAAGGGACGAUGGACAGGGCCAUGUACCGUCAAAUAUUGGGUGAGAACCUCCUUCCCUCAGCCAGGGCAUUGAAAAUGGGUAGUGGAUAGGUAUUCCAGCAUGACAAUGACCCAAAACACACAGCCAAGGCAACAAAGGAGUGGCUCAAGAAGAAGCACAUUAAGGUCCUGGAGUGGCCUAGCCAGUCUCCAGACCUUAAUCCCAUACAAAAUCUGUGGAGGGAGCUGAAGGUUCGAGUUGCCAAACGUCAGCCUCGUAACCUUAAUGACUUGGAGAAGAUCUGCAAAGAGGAGUGGGACAAAAUCCCUCCUGAGAUGUGUGCAAACCUGGUGGCCAACUACAAGAAACGUCUGACCUCUGUGAUUGCCAACAAGGGUUUUGCCACCAAGUACUAAGUCAUGUUUUGCAGAGGGGUCAAAUACUUAUUUCCCUCAUUAAAAUGCAAAUCAAUUUAUAACAUUUUUGACAUGCGUUUUUCUGGAUUUUUUUGUUGUUAUUCUGUCUCUCACUGUUCAAAUAAACCUACCAUUAAAAUUAUAGACUGAUCAUUUCUUUGUCAGUGGGCAAACGUACAAAAUCAGCAGGGGAUCAAAUACUUUUUUCCCUCACUGUAUGUAGCCUAAUGGCAUUUUGACUCUGUGUCCAGAGUGCUACAGUGAGGCGAGUGAUCACGAGGAGGCUGAGACGACAGAGGCUCCCCCUCCCCCAUACUCUGAACAGAUGGACCAGGGCUCUGUGGAUGGUCCACCUGGCAGUGGACAUCAGGUCAGUAGGCAGUAGGCACUGGGCAGUCGAGUAGGCUCUGGUAAUUAAGGCCAAAAGUUUUUCCUAACCGUGUUACCUGACCAAGAAAACCUCUGGGCCUUAGUUACACUGACUUACAUAAAUCUUUUCAAAGUUUGUGUAUUAAACCCUGCUAAACAACCCCCUUCAUGUUCUUCUCUCUCAGGGUACCCUCCCUCCCCCCUACUCCUCCCCCCUUCCUGGUGAGACCAAUGGCUCCUUCUCCUCACCAGUCAGCACGAUGACAUCACAGAGUUCCGUGUCCUCUCUGGCCAAGCAUCGUCAAUCCUGGCUGGACCUGGUCUCGCAGGCCUCUCCUGUUGUCGGGGAAACGGUGGUGUGCUCUGUGCAGGUCCACACACAUCGGCCCCCACAGCACCACCAGGAGGCUUCAUCCUACCAGGACCCCCCUGGGAGCACAGCCAGGGAGGGGGACGUUAACCCCAGGGAGCAGACAGAGGAGGUGGCUGUGCUUGGAAUAGGGACAGAAGAUGGUGAGAAUGCUUUUUUCUUAACAACUGUUGACUUAAAUAAGGGGAACAUAUUAAUUACAAUACAAAUUGUGAAGGAAAAUGAAUUUUGUGCUCACUGGAUCCCUUUAGUUCUUAUGUGAUCAGACCUGUGGAUAGGAGAAGUGCAAGUAGACCACACUUCCUGUUGUGUAAUGUCACAGCUUCUGUCUUUGGCAGCACAUUGGGGAUGACAGUAAGUAGAUGUGCUCAUUGGAAGAUGUGAGUUAGUUUGCAUGUCUGCCUGCACAUCCUGCCCUGGCCUAGGAAUUUUUGUUCAACAGAUUUGAAUACCAAAACAUCCUAGUCUUCGUCCUGUUUUCGCAGUUUUGGCUAACAUACAUUGUCUCAUAACUGUCAAUCAACCAGUUGGAGAGAAAAAAAUGAAACGAUGCAGAGUUAUAGUCAACACUAUUUAAAUCCUUUCAAUGAGCUCAAUAUUCUGUUUAACCAGUUUUGAGUAAGGGGACUGACCUCAAACCUUGUCAUACUUAAUCUUAAAGCCAAGUAAUUUUUGUGAAGUAAAUUAGUUAUAAUAUAAAUAUUUUUCUGCAGAAAUAUACAUUUCUUAAAGUCCAUUCUAUUGUUCUUGCAGUGAACCAUGAAGCCACGUCUGAUGAGAUGGAGAGACUGUACAUCCACAUCAAGCAGGCCAGCCUCUCUCCCAUAGGAGACCGCAAACCAUCCACCAAGAGGGACUUCAGAGCCUCCUUUAUAAAGAGAUGCAAAAACCAGGACAUAAACGAGAAACUGCACCUCAUCAGGACCCUCAACAGCACGCUGAAGGUACAUCUGCCAACUUGACUAGAAUUAUUAUAUGCUUUUGUUUUUAUCAGUUUAUCACCACAUAAGUGGCAGUAUCAAAUGUACACCACCGUUCAAAAGUUUGGGGUCACUUAGAAAUUUCAUUUUUUUCCAUGAAAACAUACAUCAAAUGAGUUUGAAUAGGAAAUAUAGCAAAAUGAAUAGGAAAUGUAGUCAUUGACAAGAUUAGAAAUAAUGAUUUUUUUGUGUCCUUCAAACUUUGAUUUCGUCAAAGAAUCCUCCAUUUGCAGCAAUUACAGCCUUGGAGACCUUUGGCAUUCUAGUUGUCAAUUUUUUUAGGUAAUCUGAAGAGAUUUCACCCCAUGCUUCCUGAAGCACCUCCCACAAGUUGGAUUGGCUUGAUGGGCACUUCUUACGUACCAUACGGUCAAGCUGCUCCCACAACAGCUCAAUAGGGUUGAGAUCCGGUGACUGUGCUGGCCACUCCAUUAUAGACAGAAUACCAGCUGACUGCUUCUUUCCUAAAUAGUUAUUGCAUAGUUUGGAGCUGUGCUUUGGGUCAUUGUCCUGUUGUAGGAGGAAAUUGGCUCUAAUCAAGUGCCGUCCACAGGUUAUGGCAUGGCGUUGCAAAAUGAAGUAAUAUCCUUCCUUCUUGAAGAUCCCUUUUACCCUGUACAAAUCUCCCACUUUACCACCACCAAAGCACCCCCAGACCAUCACAUUGCCUCCACCAUGCUUGACAGAUGGCAUCAAGCACUCCUCCAGCAUCUUUUCAUUUGGUCUGCGUCUCACAAAUGUUAUUCUUUGUGAUCCGAACACCUCAAACUUCGAUUUGUCUGUCCAUAACACUUUUUUCCAAUCUUCCUCUGUCCAGUGUCUGUGUUAUUUUGCCCAUCUUAAUCUUUUAUUUUUAUUGGCCAGUCUGAGAUAUGGCUUUUUCUUUGCAACUCUGCCUAGAAGGUCAGCAUCCCGGAGUCGCCUCUUCACUGUUGACGUUGAGACGGGUGUUUUGCAGGUACUAUUUAAUGAAGCUGCCAGUUGAGGACCUGUGAGGCGCCUGUUUCUCAAACUAGACACUCUGUAUUUGUCCUCUUGCUCUGUUGUGCACCAGGGCCUCCCACUCCUCUUUCUAUUCUGGUUAGAGCCAGUUUGCGCUGUUCUGUGAAGGGAGUAGUACACGGCGUUGUACGAGAUCUUCAGUUUCUUGGCAAUUUCUCGCAUGGAAUAGCCUUCAUUUCUCAGAACAAGAAUAGACUGACGAGUUUCAGAAGAAAGUUCUUUGUUUCUGGCCAUUUUGAGCCUGUAAUCGAACCCACAAUUGCUGAUGCUCCAGAUACUCAACUAGUCUCAAGAAGGCCAGUUUUAUUGCUUCUUUAAUCAGCACAACAGUUUUCAGUUGUGCUAACAUAAUUGCAAAAGGGUUUUCUAAUGAUCAAUUAGCCUUUUAAAAUGAUAAACUUGGAUUAGCAAACACAACGUGCCAUUGGAACACAGGACUGAUGGUUGAUGAAAAUGGGCCUCUGUACGCCUAUGUAGAUAUUCAAUAAAUAAUCAGCCGUUUCCAGCUACAAUAGCCAUUUACAACAUAAACAAUGUCUACACUGUAUUUCUGAUCAAUUUGAUGUUAUUUUAAUGGACAAAAAAAUUGCUUUUCUUUCGAAAACAAGGACAUUUCUAAGUGACCCCAAACUUUUGAACAGUAGUGUAUGUCCUUGUUUUCUAUGUAGAAAUUGUAUGUACUGUUUAGGCAUAAUUUUGAAUAGUAUUGCAAGUAUUAAGACCCUUGAGCAUAGUUACACACUUUUUCUCUCUUCCCCUUUGAUUUAGGCAAAGGAGGCAGACCUGUUGACCAUCGAGCAGGUGCUGUCAGAACCCACCUCAUCCAGAUUCAGGGAAUGGAAAGAAGUCAACACACCUCUGCUCCAGGAGAUCUGUCUCAAGCAUGGACACCAGGUGGCAGCAGAGGUAGAGCCCUCUGCAGCAGCAGCCAAUGCCAUUGCAGUCCCCUUUGUAGAGACCAGUUUAUAAUGGAGUAGGAUGGAUGAAGUUGCCCCUAAACACUGAUCUAAGGUCAGUUUUGAGUUUCCCCCACUAAUACUUAUGGUUAAGAGUUGGGAUGGAUGAGCUGAUUGUGUUCAUGUGCCUAGGGGUAACUUUUACUCAGAUUGUUUAUAAGACUCACUGCCAUUAUUGUCUACCCAUAACCCAGUAGCACUAAGUGUUGUACACAGGCAGCCUGGUCUCAUAGACUAGACAUAACAUAGUAAACGUAAAUCCGGGAUACUCAAAUUAGCAUGAUAUGUUAUACGAGUGGUCGUAUAACGCGAACGUCUAGCAACCCAAAGGUUGCGUCUUCAAAUCACACCAAAGACCACUCUAGAAUUGUAGCUAAUUAGCAACUUUUCAACUACUUGCUACUAUUUAGCUACUCUGCAACUACUAA